CACGUCGCGUCGUGUGCACCUCGUCAAAAGUUUUCUGUGAAACGUGAAAGUUUUCGUGAAGCGUGCGCAAUAAAAUAAAAAAUAAAUUUUUUAAAUUUUACCUGUGAAAAUUGAAAGAAAAACCAACCCCAUUCGCAACGCGAACCGUGCAAAUCAUCGGCAUCAGCCAAGUGUUAAAAGAAAAGCGAUAAUAUUUCUUAAAUAUAACAACAACCAAAAUUCCAAAAGUCUGUGUACAGCUCAGUGUGUGUGUGUGCCUAUACAGUGCCUGAGUGUGCAUCUCUCUCUGUGUGUGUGUGAGAGUGUUUGUGUGUAUUUAAGCGCUUUUGGCGGCUGUGCCGCAGCCAAAACCAAAGUCUUGAAACAAAUUGUUGCUGGCGUUGUUUUUCGUUGGCAGCUGUUGGCAGUAUGAACUGAUUUUGACCGAAAUUUGAUGAAGAAAAUGCAAAAAUGAAAAUAUUUUUGCCACUAGUCACGUGGAUAGUGCUACUACUCUCGAGUACAGUACAUUCACAACACCAACAAAUACAACCCUUUAAGACAAAUCCAAACAAGCAUAGUCGAUUUCGAGGCGAAGUGUUCUUUCUGAAUCUCGAAGAUGGCUAUUUUGGCUGCCAAGUUAAUGAGUCUACAGACUAUUUGCAACUAUACGAUCUAUCGAAAAUCUGCGACGGUAAUCAAGACUGCUUUCUUGGUUCCGAUGAGCUGAGCAAAGAGCUCAAAUGCACAAAUGACUGUGAUAAGGAUGGCACACAGUGCACAAAUGGUGUUUGCCUGAAUGGCGUUUGCCAUUGCAAUGACGGCUUUGGCGGUUGCAAUUGCGUCGAUCAGGAUGAGAACGAAUGCAAGCAACGUCCAUGCGAUGUGUUUGCCCAUUGCACAAACACAUUGGGCAGCUUCACGUGUACCUGCUUUCCGGGCUAUCGCGGCGAUGGCUUCCAUUGUGAAGACAUUGACGAAUGCCAAGAUCCGGCGAUAGCAUCGCGUUGCGUGGAGAAUGCCGAGUGCUGUAAUCUGCCGGCGCACUUCCUGUGCAAAUGUAAGGAUGGCUAUACGGGCGAUGGCGAGGUGCUGUGUACGGACAUUGACGAGUGCAGCAAUCCGCUGGCUUGUGGUGCCCAUGCUCAGUGCAUAAAUACGCCCGGCAACCACACGUGCGCCUGCCCCGAGGGCUUCGUGGGCAAUCCCUACGACGGUUGUCAGGAUGUUGAUGAAUGCGCAUAUCCGAAUGUGUGCGGACCCGGUGCCAUAUGUACAAAUCUCGAGGGCAGUUAUCGCUGCGACUGCCCGCCGGGAUACGAUGGCGAUGGACGUGCCGAACAGGGUUGCGCCGAUCUGGACGAGUGCGCACGCACGCCCUGCGGACGCAAUGCGGAUUGUCUGAAUACCGAUGGCAGUUUUCGCUGCCUGUGCCCCGAUGGCUUCAGCGGUGAUCCCAUGCAUGGCUGCGAGGACAUCAACGAAUGCCAGGAUAAUCCGUGCGGUGAGAACGCCAUCUGCACAGAUACCAUCGGCAGCUUUGUUUGCACGUGCAAACCCGACUACACCGGCGAUCCGUUCCGCGGCUGCGUGGACAUCGACGAGUGCGCCGCACUGGACAAGCCAUGUGGACAGCAUGCAAUCUGCGAGAAUGCCGUACCGGGCUACAAUUGCAAGUGUCCACAGGGCUAUGAUGGAAAACCCGAUCCCAAAGUGGCGUGCGAACAGGUCGACGUAAACAUAUUGUGCCGCACAAGCUUCGACUGCACCAACAAUGCUGAGUGCAUUGAGAAUCAAUGCUUCUGUUUGGAUGGAUUCGAGCCCAUUGGCUCAAGCUGUGUUGACAUUGAUGAGUGUCGCACGCACGCCGAAGCCUGUGGACCGCAUGCCCAGUGCUUGAACACGCCCGGCUCCUAUCGGUGCGACUGCGAGGCUGGAUAUGUAGGCAGCCCGCCGCGCAUGGCAUGCAAACAGCCCUGCGAGGAUGUACGCUGUGGGGCCCAUGCCUAUUGCAAGCCGGAUCAGAAUGAAGCGUAUUGCGUCUGCGAGGAGGGUUGGACCUACAAUCCGAGUGAUGUGGCUGCCGGAUGCGUGGAUAUUGAUGAAUGCGAUGUAUUGCACGGACCCUUUGGCAGCUGUGGACAGAAUGCCACCUGCUCUAACACACCGGGUGGCUACAGCUGCGCUUGUCCGCCAGGCUAUUCGGGAGAUCCGCAUAGCAAGUGCCAGGACGUCGAUGAGUGCCGUGCGGGCAAUAAAUGCGGAAUUGGCGCUGAGUGCGUCAAUAUGGCAGGAGGUGGAUAUACCUGUCGCUGUCCCGAUGGCACACUACCCGACCCGGAUCCUUCAGUGCACUGCGUGCCCAUCGUUAGCUGUUCCACCAACGAGCAGUGUCCCGGUAAUGCCAUCUGCGAUGAGACCAAGCGCUGUCUGUGCCCGGAGCCGAAUAUUGGAAACGAUUGUCGCCAUCCGUGCGAGACGCGCGACUGCGGUGCCCAUGCCCAGUGCAUGCUGGCGAACGGACAAGCACAGUGUCUCUGCGCACCAGGCUACACAGGCAAUGCUGCCUUGCCAGGAGGUUGCAGUGACAUCGACGAAUGCCGCGCCAAUCCCUGUGCUUCCAAUGCCAUUUGUAGCAACACUGCCGGCGGCUAUCUAUGCCAAUGCCCCGGUGGCUCCACGGGAGAUGCUUACACCGAAGGCUGCGCCACACCAAAGACUGUCGGCUGCUCCGAUGCCAAUCCGUGUGCCCUCGGCGAAAGCUGUGUUCAGGAUGCCUUUACUGGCAGCAGUGUUUGUAUUUGUCGCCAAGGCUACGAACGCAAUGCAGAGACUGGCCAGUGCCAGGAUCUUGAUGAAUGUUCCGCGCAACGUGCUAAGCCCGCGUGUGGUCUCAAUGCCUUGUGCAAAAAUCUGCCUGGCAGCUACGAGUGCCGCUGCCCACAAGGACAUACCGGUAAUCCCUUUGUCAUGUGUGAGAUCUGUAGCAGUCCCGAAUGCCAAUGCCAAGCGCCGUACAAGCUCCUGGGCAACAGCUGCGUGCUGGCCGGCUGCUCCACGGGACAGCCAUGCCCCAGCGGAGCCGAGUGCAUCUCUAUAGCCGGUGGUGUCAGCUACUGCGCCUGCCCCAAGGGCUAUCAAACGCAGCCUGAUGGCAGUUGUGUGGAUGUCAACGAGUGCGAAGAACGUGGCGCCCAGUUAUGCGCCUAUGGAGCUCUAUGUGUUAAUCAGAAUGGUGGCUACAGCUGCCACUGCCCAGAGGGCUAUCAAGGAGACGCCUACAAUGGACUCUGUGCACCGGCACAGCGCAAAUGCGCCGCAGACAAGGAAUGCGCCAGCAACGAGAAAUGCAUACAGCCGGGCGAGUGCGUCUGCCCGCCGCCCUACUUCCUGGAUCCACAAGAUAACAAUAAAUGUAAAAGUCCCUGCGAGCGCUUCCCAUGUGGCAUUAAUGCUAAGUGCACGCCCUCCGACCCUCCGCAGUGCAUGUGCGAGGUUGGCUUCAAGGGCGAUCCGCUGCUUGGAUGCACAGAUGAGGAUGAGUGCGCCCACUUGCCCUGCGCCUACGGCGCCUACUGCGUCAACAAAAAGGGUGGCUACCAGUGCGUCUGCCCCAAGGGCUUCACCGGUGAUCCCUACAAGAGCGGCUGCAUUCUAGAAAGUGGUGUACCCAAAAGCACUUGUGUCACCAACGAGGACUGUGCAAGCAAUCUGGCCUGCCUGGAUGGCAGCUGCCUCAGUCCCUGCGCUAGUUUGCUAUGUGGUUCGAAUGCCUAUUGCGAGACAGAACAGCAUGCAGGCUGGUGUCGGUGUCGCGUUGGAUUCGUCAAAAAUGCCGACGGCGACUGUGUAUCGCAGUGUCAAGAUGUUAUUUGCGGCGAUGGAGCGCUUUGCAUACCCACUAGCGAAGGACCCACGUGUAAGUGCCCACAGGGCUACUUGGGCAAUCCUUUCCCAGGCGGCAGCUGUAGCACAGAUCAGUGCACUGCCUCCAGACCCUGCGAUGAGCGACAAAUUUGCAUUAAUGGACGCUGCAAGGAACGCUGCGAAGGCGUCGUCUGUGGCAUUGGCGCCACCUGCGACAAGAACAACGGUAAAUGCGUCUGCGAGCCUAACUUUGUGGGCAAUCCCGACUUACUCUGCAUGCCUCCCAUCGAACAAGCCAAAUGUUCGCCCGUUUGCGGUGAGAAUGCUCACUGCGAAUACGGAAUUGGCCAGAGCCGCUGCGCCUGCAACCCCGGCACCUACGGCAAUCCCUACGAAGGAUGCGGCGCCCAGAACAAAAACGUCUGCCAACCGAACAGCUGUGGACCCAAUGCCGAGUGUCGCGCUGCCGGCAAUCAGAUCAGCUGCAUCUGCCCACAAGGCUUCAGCGGAAAUCCUUAUGUCGGCUGCCAGGAUAUAGACGAAUGCGCCAACAAGCCAUGUGGCCUGAAUGCUGCCUGUCUCAACACUGCUGGAAGCUUUGAGUGCUUGUGUCUGUCCGGCCAUGCCGGCAAUCCAUACAGCAGCUGCCAGCCCAUUGAGAGCAAAUUUUGCCAGGAUGCCAACCAGUGUCAGUGCAGCGAUCGCGUAGAGUGCCCGGAUGGCUAUAGCUGUGAGAAAGGACACUGCAAGAACUUAUGCUCCAAUACAGCGUGUGGACCACGGGCUAUUUGCGAUGCGGGUAAAUGUCUAUGCCCGCUGGGCUAUGUGGGAGAUCCUCAUGAUCUGAAUCAAGGCUGCAGCAUACGUGGCCAGUGCGGCAACGACGCAGACUGUCGCCACACAGAGAUCUGUUUCCAGCUGGGCAAGGGUCUGCGCAAAUGCGUCGAUGCCUGCUCGAAGAUACAGUGCGGUCCGAAUGCACUUUGUGUGGCCGACGAUCAUCGCUCGUCGUGUAUCUGUGCCGAUGGCUACUUUGGUAAUCCAAGCAAUCUGCAAGUGGGCUGUCAGCCGGAGCGCAAGGUGCCCGAUCUCGAGAAUAAGUGCAGCACAGACAAGGACUGUGAGCGAGGUUUUGGCUGUCAGUCGGACGCACUGGGCACACGGGAAUGCAUUAAUUUGUGCUCUAACGUUGUUUGCGGUCCGAACGAGCUGUGCAAAAUCAAUCCAGCCGGCCAUGCCAUUUGCAAUUGUGCUGAAAGUUUCGUCUGGAAUCCAGUUGUUUCCUCGUGCGAGAAGCCUUCACUGCCCGACUGCACCAGCGAUGAGAAUUGCCCGGAUGCUUCCGCAUGUCGCCCCGACGUGCUGGGAGUACUCAAGUGUGUUGCCAUUUGUGAUGCUUUCACCUGUCCGGCUAACUCCAUUUGUAUUGCUCGUCAUCACCAAGGACGCUGUGAUUGCCUGACUGGAUUUGUGGGCAAUCCCAACGAUCGUAACGGCUGCCAAUUGGAACGCAAACAUCAAUGCCGCAACAAUGCAGAAUGUCCCGAAUCGGAGGCUUGCAUCAAGGACGAGACCACACAGUCGCUGAGCUGCCGUUCCGCCUGCGAAAGCGUCAAGUGCGGACCACGUGCCGUCUGCAUUACGAAUAAUCAUCAGGCUCAGUGCCAGUGUCCACCAGGCCCCUAUGCAGGCGAUCCAUACGAUCCGUUCAACGGCUGCAAGAGCGUACCCUGCGUCUACAAUCAUGACUGUCCAGCUAAUCAAAUGUGUAAUCGUAUGACCCAUACCUGCUACGAUGUCUGCGACGAGGAAUCCUGUGGCGAGAAUGCCAUUUGCUUGGCCGAGGAUCAUCGUGCCGUGUGCCAGUGCCCACCUGGAUAUCGUGGCAAUCCCCUGCCCGAGGUGGCCUGCGUUAAGCAAAGCGGCUGUGCGCCUGGCAGCUGCCAUCCGACGGCCAUAUGUGAGGUCACGCCUGAUGGCGCCAGCUGCAAGUGCCCGCCCCUCUUUGUGGGCGAAGCCGAGCCGAAUACACGAGGCUGCCGUCCCGACGGCCAGUGUCCCAACGGCGAUGCCGACUGUCCUGUGAAUACCAUUUGCGCCGGUGGACGUUGCCUCAAUCCCUGCGACAAUGCCUGUGGAUCAAAUGCGGACUGUAAGGUGGUCAAUCGGAAGCCCGUGUGCAGCUGCCCCUUACGCUUCCAGCCAAUCUCUGAAUCGGCCAAGAAUGGAUGUACACGCAGUGCCUCCAAAUGCCAGACAGACGUCGAUUGCGGCGGAGAACUCUGCUACAAUGGUCAGUGCCGCGUGGCAUGCCGCAACACACAGGACUGUUCCGACGGUGAGCGCUGCUUAGGUAAUGUUUGCGUUGUCGCCUGCCUGGAUCACAGCCAGUGCUCGAAGGGCUUGGCAUGUAUUGAAGGUCACUGUGCUAUCGGCUGUCGCAGCAACAAGGAGUGCAAACAGGAGCAGUCCUGCAUUGGCAACAAGUGCGCUGAUCCCUGCCAAUCAACUACCAGCUGUGGACCCAACGCUUUGUGCAGCAUUGCCCAGCAUCGCAGCCAAUGCACCUGCCCGGAUGGCUUCGAAGGAAACCCAACGCCCGAACAGGGCUGUGUGCGCGUACCAGCCCCGUGCCUUGCCAGCAAUCAGUGUCCCAGCGGACACAUGUGCAUUGGCAAUCAAUGUAAUUUGCCCUGCAGCAAGACAUCGGCCUGUGCUGUGGGCGAGCGCUGUUACCAGCAGGUCUGCCGAAAGGUCUGCUACACCAGCAACAAUUGUCUCGCAGGUGAGAUUUGCAACAGCGAUCGCACCUGUCAGCCUGGCUGCGAGUCGGACGCGGAUUGUCCAGCUACCGAGCUGUGUCUAAGUGGCAAGUGCAAGUGCGCCAAUGGAUUCAUCGGCACACCCUUCGGCUGCUCAGAUAUUGAUGAGUGCACGGAGCAGCCUUGCCAUGCCAGUGCGAAGUGCGAAAAUGUGCCCGGCUCUUAUCGUUGCGUUUGUCCUGAAGGCACUGUCGGCGAUGGUUACACUCAGCAGGGUUGCGCCAAGCCAAGAGAGUGCAACAAGCACGAGGAUUGUGCGAACAGUCUCUCCUGUAUUCAUGGCAAAUGUACAGAUCCUUGUCUGCAUACUGUUUGUGGCGCGAACGCCCAUUGUCAAGCAGAGGCACACGAGUCCACGUGCAGCUGCCCUGCUGGCUAUCUGGGCGAUCCCAAUGACACAGGCGUCGGCUGCUUUAAGGUGGAGUGCAUUGACCAUGUUGACUGCGCCAACGAUCGAGCCUGUGAUGCCGAGACCAACCGUUGCAUCAAGCCCUGUGACCUAACCAGCUGUGGAAAAGGCAGCUGCCAAGUGUCUGAUCAUAAAGCCAUAUGCGAAUGCUACGAGGGUUAUCAGCUGUCGAAUGGAGUCUGCGAGGAUAUCAACGAGUGCAUGCAUCAACCUUGCCAUAGCACCGCCUUCUGUGACAAUCUGCCCGGCAGCUACAGCUGCAAAUGCCCCGAAGGACUCAUCGGUGAUCCGCUGCAGGCGGGCUGUCGCGAUCCCAGCGAAUGCCUCAGCGAUGCUGAUUGCCCGGCCACAGCUAGCUGCCAGAAUUCCCGUUGCCGUAGUCCGUGUGAGCGCGAAAAUGCUUGCGGCCGCAAUGCCAACUGCUUGGCACAGUCACACAAGGCCAUCUGCAACUGUCCAGCCAACUCACGAGGCGACCCACAAGUGGAGUGCGUUCACAUCGAGUGCGCGGACAAUGGCGACUGUGGCGCUGACAAGGCCUGCCUUGACGCCAAGUGCAUUGAUCCGUGCUCGCUGCCAAAUGCUUGUGGCGCGCUGGCGCGUUGCUCAGUGCAGAAUCACAUUGGUCUCUGCUCCUGCGAGUCAGGCAGCACCGGAGACGCCAAACAGGGCUGUGUCCAGCUCCAAUACUGCCAACAAGAUGCACAGUGUCCACAGGGCAGCAUCUGUGCGCAUGGCAUUUGCAGUCCACUGUGCAGCAGCAAUCGCGAUUGUAUUUCGGAGCAGCUGUGCUUACAGGGCGUCUGCCAGAGCACCUGCAAGUCGAAUUCCACGUGCCCUCAAUUCCAGUUCUGUCAGAACAACAUAUGCGCCAAGGAGUUGGAGUGCAGCGUUAACAGCGACUGCGGAGAGGAUGAAACCUGCCUGCUGGAUGCCUACGGACGUGCACGCUGUGAAUCUGUUUGCCUUGGCCGCGCUGCCUGUGGACGCAAUGCAGAGUGCGUGGCGCGCUCGCAUGCCCCCGACUGCAUCUGUAAAGAGGGCUUCAUUGGAGAUGCUCGCUCGGGCUGUCGCAAGAUCGAGUGCAGCUCCGACGAUGACUGCUCCAACGAUAAGAGCUGUGACAAUAACAUGUGCAAGAUUGCCUGCUUGAUUGGACAGCCGUGCGGCGAGAAUGCGCUCUGCACAACAGAGAAUCAUCGUCAGGUUUGCCACUGUCAGCCCGGUUUCAGUGGCGAUCCGCGCGUGCGUUGCGAUAUUAUCGAUUUUUGUAAGGACGCGCCGUGCGGACCCGGCGCACGUUGCCGCAAUUCGCGUGGCUCCUUCAAAUGCACCUGUCCACUUGGUCUCAUCGGUGAUCCCUACAAUGAGGGCUGCCGUAGCUCUGUCGAGUGCGAGACGCACGACGACUGUCCCCCGCAUGCUGCAUGUAUCAAGACAAAUGGUGUGCCCAAAUGUCAGGAUGUAUGCGCCCAGCUACAAUGUGGCCCCAAUGCGGAAUGUGUUCCGAAAGGUCAUGUGGCGCAAUGCGCCUGCCGCAAUGGCUACGACGGCCAACCCGCUGACCGGGUGGCCGGCUGCAAGCCAUUGCCAAUGCCCUGCCAAAUCACUAGCGACUGCCCCACCAAUACCUACUGCUCAGAUAGCGUAUGUAAACCUGCCUGCUUGCUGGACACCGAGUGCGCUUCGUCGGAGGUGUGUCAGGGCGGUCAGUGCUUUGAUCCCUGUCUGCAAUCGCAGGCGUGUGGCCAGAAUGCUGAAUGCCGUAUGCUUAGCCAUGUGAAACAGUGCCACUGCCCGGAGGGCUUCACCGGCGAUGCAAACAAAGAGUGUGUCCGCGUGCCGGUAGCCUGCGACGGUGACUGUGCGCCUGGCUACACCUGCCGCGACUCCAUGUGCCUGCCAUCCUGUCACAGUGAUCUGGAGUGCGCCUCCAAUGAGAAGUGCCUGCGCGGCAACUGCAUGCUGACCUGUCGCGUUGACAACGACUGCUUCCUGGGCCAUGUGUGCCUGCAUAAUAAGUGCGUCUAUGGAUGUCACGUGGAUGACGACUGCAGUGCUUCCGAGUCCUGCCGCAACGAUAAGUGUAUCAAUCCCUGUGUUGAGAAUCCUUGUGGACCCAAUGCUGCCUGCUCGGUGUCCAAUCAUCGCGCCAGCUGCAGCUGCCUGGACAACAUGGUGCCUAAUCCCACAGCCCAAGUCGGUUGUGUUCGUACGCCGCCGCUGGAGUGCCGUGAAAAUCGCGAUUGCAGCAAUGGCUUGGCCUGUUUCGAGUCCGUCUGUCGCCCACUGUGCGCCGACGACUCCGGCUGCCUGACCAAUGAGCGCUGUCAGCAGGGCGUCUGCAAGCCACUCUGUCGCCAUGACAACGAGUGCGCCAAUGGAGAAGUGUGUCUGGGUCUCAACUGCGUCACGGGCUGCCGCUCCGAUCAAGGCUGCCCCAGUCAUUUGGCCUGCGUUGGGCAGCAAUGCGUGGAUCCGUGUUCGGAGCCAACCGCCUGCGGCACCAAUGCAGUUUGCCAGGCUGUCGAUCAUCGCAAGCAAUGUAGCUGCCCCGAGGGACUCAGUGGUAAUGCCGAUGUGGCAUGCAAAACACCACGCACCGCUUGCGGUCGCAACGAAGACUGUGGAUCUAAUCAAUUAUGCUAUGCGGGCAGCUGCCAGGGCAAAUGCCGCAACGAUCAGAAUUGCCUGUCGGAUGAGCGCUGUAUGCGCGGUACUUGCCGCACCGUAUGCAACACGGACACUGCCUGCGCCCAGGGUCAGAUAUGCGAGAAUCGCGUCUGUCAAACGGGCUGCCGCAACGAUCUCAGCUGCGCCAGCGACGAGGCUUGCAUUAACAAGAAAUGCCAGAAUCCAUGCCAGACGCCCGGCCAGUGCGGACAAUGCGCUGACUGUUUGGUCAUCAAUCACGGCGUGCAGUGCCAGUGUCCGGCUUCCUACAUGGGUGACGGCCUCACUGGCUGCCAGCUGCCACCGGUACGUUGCCAUCCAGGCUGCGAAUGUGACGAGAGUGGCGCCUACUGUGCCGCCAAGUGCAGCCGCUCCGAGGACUGCGACUGCGGACAGCAGUGCGCACGUGGCAAAUGCCGCAACAAGUGCGGACCCAAGCGCCAGUGUCCGCUGGGACAGCUGUGCGAGCGCGGCGCUUGCAUUGCAGGCUGCAAAUCGAACGGAGAUUGUGCUGCUGAUCAAAGCUGCCAGAAUGGCAAGUGCGUGGAUCCCUGUGCCGACGAUCGGGCUUGUGGACGCAAUGCCCUGUGUACUGUGUCGGAGCAUCGCAUGUUGUGCUACUGCCCCGAUGGCUACGAGGGAGAGCCCAGCAAAGAGUGCGUACAGUUCGAGUGUCGACAGGACAGCGACUGUGAGUCGAGCAAACGUUGCGAUCAAGGCAAGUGCCGGAAUCCAUGCCUCGAGUAUGGCGCCUGUGGCACCAAUGCUCAAUGUCGUGUCAUCAAUCGCAAGGCCCAAUGCUCAUGCCCGCCGGACUUCUUCGGUAAUCCGGCCACCGCUUGUCAGCCAUUGGAUGGCGGCUGCUCGAACAAUCCUUGCGGCGUCAACUCUAAGUGCAUUGAGCUGCCCGGAGGCUACGAAUGCGCCUGCAUGGAUGGCUGCAUGGGCGACGCUCACAAGGGUUGCCUAUGCGAAGGAAACCUGGUAAAUGCCUGUCACGAGCAGCCAUGCGGCCUGAAUGCCGCUUGCCGUGUGCUUAGCAAUGAUCAAGCCGAAUGCUACUGCCCCGAGGACUUCCCCAACGGCGAUGCCUAUGUGCAAUGCUAUUUGACGCCGCCGAAAGAGGACUGCCGCACGCGUGGCUGUGACAUUGGCAGUUGUGUGCGCUCGGGCUAUGACUACGUCUGCCAGCAGGACACCGAACAAUGCUACUCAGAUACGGAUUGUCCCAGUGAAAAAUCAUGCCUGCAAGGACACUGCACCGAUCCUUGUACAAUGCGUGGCGCGUGUGGCACAAAUGCGCUGUGUCAGACUGUGCUGCAUCGCCCGCGCUGCUCGUGUCCUAGCUGUCAUAUAGGUCGACCCGAGGUCGAAUGCAAACCGGAUCCGAAAUGUGUGUCAGAAGACACAGACCCCAAGACAAAGGACCAAAUACCCUGCACAAACGAUGCCGAAUGCCCAGAAACAUUGCAGUGCGGCCAAUAUGGCCAAUGCACAGAUCCAUGCAACAAUCCCCUAUUCAUUUGUGAGAGCAACAAAAAGUGCGAAACUCGCCGUCAUCAGCCCGUUUGCAUAUGCAAGUCGGGCUUUAUAGUCAAUGAGUAUGGAGAGUUGACCUGUGCACCGGAUAAACGGGAAUGCUAUCGCGAUGAUGACUGUGCCUCGAACAUGGCCUGCACGGAUGGCAAGUGUCGCAACCCGUGCAUCGUGCCUUUGGGCCGCGCCCCAAUUUGUGCCGAGAAUAAGUCGUGUGAGGUGCAGGAUCAUAAGCCCGUAUGCAUUUGCAUGCGAGACUGCCAGCCAUCGAUAUCGAUAUGUUUGCGUGACGCUGGCUGUCCAGCGGGCUUGGCGUGUCGUAACUAUCAGUGCGUCGAUCCGUGCAAGUUUGCCACGUGCGCAUCCAACUCGCCAUGCAUUGUCGAGGAUCAUAAGCCGAUAUGUAAAUUCUGCCCAACUGGAUUUAUAGCCGAUGCCAAAUAUGGAUGUCAAAAAGAAAUCGGUUGUGCCUCGAGCGAUGAGUGCCCGACUCAACAGGCAUGCGUGAAUGCACUUUGUGUGGAUCCCUGCGCCUAUGAGAAUCCAUGCGGCCGUAGUGAGGAUUGUCGUGUCAUUGCCCACCAACCAGUUUGUGCCAGCGUCUGUGAAUGCCAACGUAAGUCGGAUUGUCGGAAAGGUUUCGAGUGUGAUGGAUGUAACUGCCGUGACACAACAGGACGCACUCCUGGCUGUGAACACUGUCCGCCAGGUGCAAAGUGUGAUCCCACAACUGGUGCCUGUAUUAAAGCUAAUGUAACAAUAACAACUAGUACUACCAAGAAAACCACAACGAAACCAACAACAGCAUCCACAAAAACAACAACAACAGCUAACCCUAUCACAGACGACGAUAUGUCGACAAUCUCAAGCAAGGGUACCACCACUAGCACCACCACCACAACCACCAUCAUAACUAGCACAGAAAUAAGCACUAACAAGACAAGCACGAGUAAAUCCAACAUUGAGACAACAACCAUCAAAUCGGGCCACACGAAAGGCUAUCGGGAUGGUGAGAACAACAUAACUGAUACGCCAACGCCAAGGCCUGUGAUCACAACGACAACGCUGACCAGCAAAGAUGGUGGCAGGCGAACCACAACGCCAAAAAUGAAAACAACUCGACUGGAUACCUCAAAUGAGGUACCAGAUACAACCACGAUGACCAGCACGACGCCUUGGCCAACGGAACUACCAACUAGAGCUGGCACAACAACGGAAGUCGAUGAUCUAAUCCCAAUGCAAACAACAACAGUCUCUACACCACCGGCCAACACAACAGUUAUCACAGUUAUUAACCCAUGUACAAUAGAUACUAACUGUGCUCCUAACGAGCACUGCAAACUUGGGCAAUGCACAAAGAAAGAACCGCCAGGCACACCAAAAACACAUGAACCAUGCCAAUCGAACAAUGAUUGCAUUGGAAGCGAAGCCUGUUACAUGGGUUUGUGCCACGAUCCCUGCGAAUUUGCCAAAAUUUGUGCUUCCACUGCCAAGUGUACAGCAAAGAGUCAUCGACCCAUUUGCAGCUGCCCACAGGGUCACGAGGGCAAUCCGAUGGUCAAGUGUGUGCCAACGCAAAAGUCAAUUGAAUGUACCCACAACUCGGAUUGCGGCAUUACGGAAGCGUGUAUCAAUGAGCGUUGCCAGCACCCUUGCGACGUGCAUGAUCCUUGUGCCCAAAAUGCGGUUUGUAUCAAUGCCAAUCACGCGGCCGAUUGCAGCUGCCUGGAUGGCUAUCAGGGCAAUGGGCUGGUUGGUUGUCAGCCAGCACGCACCCAAGUCUGCCAAUACAACGAGGAUUGUCCGCCGAAUAAGCUAUGCGACCGCCUCAACCGACGCUGCAUAAAUCCUUGCCAAGAGGAUUCGUGCGGAGAGAACGCCGAAUGUGUGCCGGUCAACCAUGGCAUCAACUGUCGCUGCUUGCCCGGAUUUUUGGGCAAUGCAUACGUUCUUUGCCAGCAAUCGCUGGGUUGUCGCGCUGAUUCCGAAUGUGAUGCCAGCCAGGCAUGCAUCAAUGGCAAGUGCACAUCUCCUUGUCAAUGUGGUGCAUUUGCCCUGUGCGAUGUAGUUAAUCAUCGUGGCGUGUGCAAGUGCCCACCUGGAUACAAUGGUAAUCCCGAGGUGGGUUGCAGUCCACCACAGAAUCCGUGCGAUCCCAAUCCAUGUGGUCUGAAUGCUCAGUGUGAACUGGACAAUGGAAACCCCAUAUGCUUCUGCCCUAAAGGUCUCACUGGUAACCCCUUCAAGAAUUGCAUUCCUGAGGGAGAUGAGUGUACACCGAAUCCAUGUGGUCCAAACUCUGGCUGUCGCCGGGUUAACGGUGCUCCCGUUUGCUUCUGUUUGCCCGAAUACGAAGGCCAACCUCCACACAUAGCUUGUGAGCUUCCAUCCAAUCCAUGCGAACCUUCGCCUUGUGGACCCAACACUCAGUGUGCAGUGUUAAGCAAUGGCUUCUCUAAGUGUACCUGUCUGCCAGGUUAUGUGGAGAGUCCUAACACUAUUCGCGGCUGCGUCGAGCCGAUCAAUCCCUGCGAGCCAAAUCCUUGCGGCACAGGCGCCAUCUGUGACUCAUCGCGCCAGCCCGUCUGCUACUGUCCGGAUAACAAGAUUGGAAAUCCUUUCAGAAUUUGCGAAAAGCCAUCAGUUUCCAUUGAGCUGUGCCAGCCGGAUCCAUGUGGUCGCAAUGCUGACUGCUAUGUGGCCGGCAAUCGCGAGGAAUGCUACUGCCGCUCUGGCUACGUUGGAGAUGCCUACCAAGGGUGUAUUGAGACAAGUCGCACUGUGUGCGAUCCCAAUCCUUGCGGACCCAAUGCUAACUGCGUUGUUGCUGGCGAUGGCCAAACUGCAUGUGUCUGCCCCGAGGGUCUGUCUGGCGAUCCAACAUCCCUUGUUGGAUGCCACGGCUAUGAAUGUCAAGUAGAUGCUGAUUGUCCUCAAAGCAGGGCCUGCAUGGGAUUCCGUUGCUACGAUCCAUGCCCCGGUGCAUGCGGUCACGGAGCCAAUUGCCGUGUGGAACAACAUCAUCCCGUUUGCUCUUGCAAUGCUGGCUUAACCGGUAAUCCUGGCGUACGUUGCUUUGCUCUGGACCAACCCAAGGGUAACCCUUGUGUGCCCAGUCCAUGUGGCUUGAACAGCGAAUGUAAAUUGCUGAAUAACCGAGCUGUGUGCUCAUGCCUCCCUGGAUAUCUGGGUGAUCCCCAAUCCGGCUGCCAGCCGGAAUGCGACAUUAACUCGGACUGCGGAGAGUCGCUAUCCUGUAUAAACCACAAGUGUGUAGAUCCAUGUGCCGGCACCAUCUGCGGUAUCAACGCCAUUUGCAACGUUCGCCAACAUACACCAGUGUGCCAUUGUCUCGAUGGAUUCGCUGGAGAUGCGUUCUUACAGUGCGUACCGAUAGGUAUAUUAAAGAACAUCUCCCGUGAUCCUUGUGUACCGUCGCCUUGUGGACCAAGUGACGUGUGCUCUGUAUUUGGAGAUGGUGUAGCCCUAUGUGACCCUUGCUUUGGACCCAAUGCUCAACAAAACCCGCGUUGUCGACCGGAAUGCGUUGCCAAUUCGGACUGUCCAUUUGACCGCGCCUGUUUGGGACAACGCUGCUUGGAUCCUUGCCCCGGCUCCUGUGGACGCAACGCUGUUUGUAAUGUCUACGAGCAUAAUCCAAUAUGUGCUUGCCCCACUGGACUCUUCGGUAAUCCCUACGAACAAUGCGCACCACCCUCGCCAAUAGUACCAACACCCACAGCCAGUUGUGCCAAGCUGCAGUGUGGACCAAAUGCCGAUUGCAAACGGCAAAGCGGCGGAUUGGCCUGCAUUUGUCGCAAGGGCUACUUCGGUAAUCCCUACAUUGGCUGUCGACCGGAGUGCGUCCUCAAUAGUGACUGUUCCGCCGACAAGGCGUGUGUGAAUUCCAAGUGCGUAGACGCUUGCUCCGGUGUCUGUGGCAUCAAUGCCGUGUGUCGUGUCGUUAACCAUGCACCCGUUUGUGUCUGCGCCGAGGGCUUUAGUGGCGAUGCUUUCCUGGCCUGCAAUCCAUAUUACUUACCGCCAGUGACGCCGCCUACCGAUCGUCGUAAUCCUUGCGAGCCCUCACCCUGUGGCCCCAACUCGCGGUGCUUGGCGUCUGCAGAUGGCUAUGCCGCUUGCUCCUGCCUACCCAAUUUCAAGGGCGCACCACCUGUUUGCCAGCCAGAGUGCGUGGUUAGCUCGGAGUGCGCUCCCAGCCAGGCUUGUAUCAAUCAACGCUGUGCAGAUCCCUGCCCUGGCACCUGCGGCAUCGGUGCGCGCUGUGAGGUUUUGAAUCACAAUCCGAUUUGCUCUUGUGAGUCACACUUCGAGGGUGAUCCAUUCGUGGCUUGCUCUCGUGUGCCAGAACCCGAUGGCAAAUCACAGCAAAAUCCUUGUGUGCCAUCGCCCUGCGGUCCCAACUCAAUUUGCCAAAUCAAACAGAAGCGGCCGGUCUGCUCGUGCGUUGCCAACUACAUAGGCAGUCCACCAUAUUGCCGACCCGAGUGCACGCUUAGCACUGAAUGUCCCGCAGACAAGGCUUGCAUCCAAGAGAAAUGUCAAAAUCCAUGCGCCAACACUUGUGGACACAAUGCCCGCUGCACAGUUGUUGCCCACUCCGCACAUUGCAGCUGCGACACAGGCUACGAGGGCGAUGCCUUCGUAGGCUGCUCGAAGGUCAUAAAACAGGAACCACAUGAUCACUACAAUCCCUGCUAUCCGAAUCCCUGCGCUGAGAAUGCAGUGUGCACACCGCAUAAUGAUGCAGCUCGCUGCAGCUGUAUUGAGCCCUACUUUGGGGAUCCAUACAGCACUGGCUGUCGCCCAGAAUGUAUCUAUAAUUCGGAAUGUCCUUCGUCACUGGCCUGCAUCAAGCAGCACUGUCGCAAUCCCUGCACAGGUGCCUGUGGUCCCAAUGCCGAAUGCACUGUAGUCAACCAUCUGCCCACAUGCAGUUGUAUACAUAGCUUCGAGGGCGAUCCAUUCGUGGGCUGCAAACGCACUCCUGUGGGACCCAUCAGCGUGUGUGAACCCAAUCCUUGUGGACCAAACAGCAUAUGCCGCACAGUCGAGGGCCAUCCCACAUGCAGCUGCCAAGUUGGCUAUUUCGGUUCACCGCCCACAUGCCGACCCGAGUGUGUGGUCAGCUCUGAGUGUGCACAGAAUUUGGCUUGCAUUAAUCAAAAGUGCGCCAAUCCAUGCAGUGGCACAUGCGGCUUUAAUGCCAAGUGUCAAGUGAACAAUCAUAAUCCUAUAUGUACGUGCCCCAACGAAUAUGUCGGAGAUCCAUUCGAACAAUGUGUACCCAAACCCCCUGAACCAAGACCUGUUGUCAAUCCCUGCUUACCGAAUCCAUGUGGACCGAAUGCUUUGUGCCGUGAAGUUAACAAUCGAGCUGAGUGCUCUUGCUCGGCGGGCAUGUUCGGAGCACCUCCCAACUGCCGACCCGAGUGUGUUAUUAACCAAGACUGCCCCUCGAACAGAGCGUGCAUACGUCAACGCUGCGAAAAUCCUUGCAUUGGCACUUGUGGCUUCAAUGCGCUCUGCACCACACAGAAUCACCAGCCCAAGUGCAGUUGUCUUGAGGGCUAUGAGGGCGAUCCGUACACGGGUUGCAACAUGCAUCAAAUUGUGGUACCCGAUGUGCCCUCUGAUCCAUGCUAUCCAUCGCCAUGUGGUGCAAAUGCCGUUUGUCGCGAACGCAACGGUGCUGGCUCAUGCAGCUGCAUUCAGAAUUAUUUCGGAGAUCCAUACAUUAAUUGCCGACCCGAAUGUGUGCAGAAUAGCGAUUGUCCCGGUACCAAGGCCUGUAUCAAUAUGAAGUGCCGCGAUCCCUGUGCGAAUGCCUGUGGCUUUAAUGCGAUUUGUCGCGUUGCUCACCAUCAGCCCGUGUGCAGCUGUGAGCCAGGUUUUACUGGCAAUCCCCUACGCGCCUGUGUGGAGCGACCCACAAGUAUGCACACCCACCAGAAUAAUAAAGAGUCUCUUAAUAAGCUAAGCUUACUGCUUUUAGAUAUGUACCUCCCACUGCCCAAAGAUCCAUGUAGACCCUCGCCCUGCGGCCUCUUUAGCACUUGCCAUGUGGUUGGGAGUCGUCCAGUCUGCGCUUGUUUGCCAGACUAUAUGGGCAGCCCACCCAAUUGCAAGCCAGAAUGCUUGACAAGUGCCGAAUGUGCCUCAGAUAGAGCCUGCAUCAAUCAAAGAUGCCGCGAUCCAUGCCCCGGCACAUGUGGCUAUAAUGCACGUUGUCGCACGGCAAACCAUGCGCCCAUCUGUAGCUGCUUUGAUGGUUAUACUGGUGAUCCAUUCCAUCAGUGUUUGCCUGAGCAAAAGCCAAUAGUCGUUCCUGAUCCCAUAAGACCCUUAAAUCCUUGCGUGCCAUCGCCCUGCGGCCCCAACUCGCAGUGCCAAGCCGCAAGUAGCGGCGCCGUCUGUGCCUGCCUCAACAAUUACGUAGGACGCCCGCCGGCUUGUCGCCCCGAAUGCAGCAUUAACUCAGAGUGUCCGGCGCGUAUGGCCUGCAUGAAUGCACGCUGUGCCGAUCCAUGCAUUGGAUCCUGCGGCAAUAACGCUCUGUGCCAUGUCAGCUUCCACGCGCCCGUGUGUAUGUGCCAGCCUGGCUACACUGGAGAUCCAUUCUCAGGCUGCUACAAGAUCUUAGAAAUACCCGUCGAAACCACCCAACCCUGCCGACCCAGCCCCUGUGGCCUAAACGCAUUAUGCGAGGAGCGUAAUAGCGCCGCAGCAUGUAAAUGCUUGCCCGAAUACUUUGGCGAUCCAUACGUCGAAUGCCGACCCGAGUGUGUGAUCAACUCAGAUUGUCCCAAAUCACGCGCAUGCGUAAAUCAGAAGUGCGUCGAUCCAUGUCCUGGCAUGUGUGGACACAGUGCCCAAUGCGCCGUAUUUAAUCAUGCACCCAACUGCGAAUGCUUGCCGGGCUAUACAGGAAAUCCGAUCGUGGGUUGUCAUCUCGUGCCCGAUAUACCGCGCUAUCCCGAUCCCAUUGUGCCCGAAAAUCCAUGCCAUCCCUCACCGUGCGGUCUCUACAGCAACUGUCGUGCACUUAACGGUCAUGCCGUCUGCUCGUGUGUGCCAAAUUAUGUGGGCGCCCCACCCAACUGCCGGCCCGAAUGCAUGAGCAGUUCGGAAUGCAGUCAAGACAAAUCGUGCAUCAAUGAACGCUGCAAAGAUCCAUGCCCUGGUACAUGCGGCAACAAUGCCUUAUGUCGCGUCGUCAAUCACAAUCCCAUUUGCUCCUGCAGCCCUGGCUACAGUGGCGAUCCUUUCGUGCGCUGCCUACCUCAAGAAAAACGACCUAUUGUAAGUGAUCGCAUCGAUCCGUGUGUGCCCUCGCCAUGCGGACCCAACUCGCAGUGUAAGGUGUCGGCAGCUAAUGAGCAACCCGUGUGCUCAUGCUUGCAACAUUAUGUGGGUAGGGCGCCAAAUUGCCGUCCCGAGUGCACAUCGAACUCCGAGUGCGCUGGCAACUUGGCUUGCAUCAAUUUACGCUGUCAGAAUCCCUGCGUGGGUACUUGCGGCAUUCAGACCACAUGCCUUGUAAAUAAUCAUAGACCUAUUUGCCGUUGCCUUGAUGGCUAUGCUGGCGAUCCAUUCUCUGAGUGUAGUCCACAAAUUAUUGUACCGCCCGAAAUCGCGGAGCCCUGCAAUCCUAGUCCGUGUGGUGCCAAUGCCCUUUGCAAGGAACGCAACGGCGUCGGCUCCUGCACGUGUCUACCCGAGUACAGUGGCGAUCCGUACACGGAAUGCCGUCCAGAAUGUGUGCUUAAUAGCGACUGCUCCAAGAAUCGCGCCUGCCUUAACAACAAGUGUAGAGAUCCCUGUCCAGGAGUUUGCGGUGUAGCCGCUGAAUGUCACGUCAUCAAUCAUUCGCCCAGCUGCAGUUGUCCUGCCGGUUAUACGGGCAAUCCCUCGCAGUAUUGCCGUGAAAUACCCAAAUUGGCACCGCCUGUACAACCAUGUCAGCCAUCGCCAUGCGGUCCCUAUAGCCAGUGCCGCGAGGUGAAUGAGCAUGCCGUCUGCUCGUGCAUUGCCAAUUAUAUUGGUGCACCGCCCGCCUGUCGUCCCGAGUGCUCAGUUAGCUCUGAGUGCGCGCAAGAUAAGGCCUGCGUGAAUUUGCGCUGUGUAGAUCCAUGUCCAGGCACCUGCGGUAAUGAGGCCGUUUGCAAGGUGACCAAUCACAAUCCCAUUUGCUCAUGCCCAGCUGGCUAUAGUGGUGAUCCGUUUGUGCGUUGUGCACCAUGGCAGCAGGAGCCAGAAGCUCCGAAGGCCAAUGAUAAUCCAUGCGUGCCAAGCCCCUGCGGUCCCAACUCGCAGUGUCGCGUAAUCGGUGAGACGGGUGUCUGCUCCUGUCUGCCAAACUAUAUUGGACGUGCGCCCAAUUGCCGCCCAGAAUGUACACAAAAUUCGGAGUGCGCUGGUAAUCUGGCUUGUAUCAACGAGCGCUGCAAGGAUCCUUGUCCCGGCUCGUGCGGUUUCAAUGCUUUCUGUAAUGUUGUAAAUCACUCACCUGUUUGCACCUGCGAAAGCGGCUACUCGGGCGAUCCAUUUGCUGGCUGCAAUCCGCAACCUAUUGCCGUGCCCGAAGAACGUUUAACGCCUUGUGUACCCUCGCCCUGCGGCCCCAAUGCAGAGUGUCGUGAACGCAAUGGCGCCGGCUCCUGUACAUGCUUGCCAGAAUACUUUGGUGAUCCGUACAGCGGCUGCCGCCCUGAGUGCGUGGUGAACAGUGAUUGCUCACGCGACAGAUCUUGUAUCAACCAGAAAUGCGUGGAUCCUUGUCCAGGUGUUUGUGGCUUGAAUGCAGAGUGUCGCGUGUCCAAUCACUUGCCCAGCUGCCUCUGUCUGGCCGGUUACACUGGAAACCCAUCGAGCGCUUGUCGUGAAAUAAUCGAACUGCCUGAACCACCCAUAGUCAUUCAAAACCCAUGUGUGCCUUCCCCCUGCGGUCCAUAUAGUCAAUGUCGGGAAAUAAAUAACCAUGCCGUGUGCUCGUGCCAGCCCGGUAUGAUUGGCUCAGCACCCAACUGCAGGCCUGAGUGCAUAGUUAGCUCAGACUGCGCACAAGAUCUAAAUUGUCAGAAUCAGAAGUGCGUUGAUCCAUGCCCAGGUACUUGUGGCAUUGAGGCCCGCUGCCAGGUCAUUAAUCACUAUCCUGCAUGUUCCUGUGCACCAGGCUACACCGGAGAUCCCUUCAAUCGAUGCACUCGAAUUAUAUUGGAGGAAACACCCAAAGAAUCUGGUAAUCCCUGUGUGCCCUCGCCCUGCGGACCCAACUCUAAGUGCGUCGAUGUACGCGGUUCGCCUGCAUGCUCCUGCCUGCCCGAAUAUCUCGGCCGGCCACCCAACUGCCGACCCGAAUGCAUGACUAGUCCCGAUUGCCCAGCCAACCUAGCAUGUGUUAACCAACGCUGUGCAAACCCAUGUGUCGGUGCAUGCGGCAUACACUCACAGUGUACUGUUAUUAAGCAUAACCCGAACUGUCAAUGCGAGCCUGGUUACACCGGAGAUCCUUUCUCCGGCUGUACUAUUAUACACCAAAUGACCCAAACGGAAGCUCCACCUAAUCCCUGCAAUCCAAGUCCAUGUGGUGCCAAUGCUGUUUGUCGCGAACGCAAUAACGCCGGCUCAUGCUCCUGCCUGCCCGAGUACUUUGGUGAUCCGUACAGUGGUUGCCGUCCGGAAUGUGUUCAAAAUCCAGACUGCGAUCGUUCACGCGCUUGCAUUAAUAACAAGUGUCAGAACCCAUGUCUUGGUGCCUGCGGCAUCAAUGCCGAAUGUCGCGUAUUGAAUCAUGCACCCAACUGUAUGUGCUUUGAUGGUUACACUGGCGAUCCGCAUCGUUCGUGCGCUCUUAUUGAAGUCGUAACCCGUCGUCCCGAGAAUCCAUGCCAGCCCUCACCAUGUGGACCCAAUAGUCAGUGUCAUGAUACUAACAGCCAUGCGGUCUGCAGCUGCCUGGAAGGUUAUGUGGGAGCACCACCUAGUUGUAAGCCUGAAUGUGUGGUCAGCUCAGAGUGUGCACAGAAUCGGGCCUGUAUCAAUCAAAAAUGCGCUAAUCCCUGCAGCGGCGCUUGCGGAAACAAUGCCAAAUGCCAAGUGGUCAACCACAAUCCGAUCUGUAGUUGCGUGCCAGGCAUGACGGGGGAUCCAAUCUCAGGAUGUGUCGCAGAUGUGGGCAAGACCACAGAGAACCCAUGUGUGCCUUCACCUUGUGGUCCGAACUCGAUUUGCCGUGAAAUCGGAGAGCAAGCUGCUUGCUCCUGCCAGGCCAACUAUAUUGGACGCCCACCCAGCUGUCGACCAGAGUGUACCAACAACGACGAAUGCCAAAAUCAUCUAUCCUGCCAGCAGGAGCGCUGCAUUGAUCCGUGUCCAGGUUCGUGUGGCAGCAAUGCAAUUUGUCAGGUGGUGCAACACAAUGCUGUUUGCUCCUGUGCCGACGGCUAUGAGGGCGAUCCUCUAUUCGGCUGUCAGCUCAUACCACCAGUAAUCGACAAGCAACCACCCCCAUCGCCAUGCGAGCCCUCGCCCUGUGGUCCACACGCCGAGUGUCGGGAGCACAACGGUGCUGGAGCAUGCUACUGCCAUGAUGGCUUCGAGGGUAAUCCCUACGAUGCUCAGCGAGGCUGCCGUCGUGAGUGUGAAACCAACGAUGAGUGCAGCCCUGCACAGGCAUGCGUACGCUUCAAAUGCAUUGAUCCAUGCGCAAAUAUGUGCGGUGAAUUUGCCAUCUGUACAGUAGAUAACCAUGUGCCCACCUGUGUUUGUCCGGAAGGCUACAGCGGAGAUCCAUUCUUUAGCUGUCGACCUGUGCCGGUUACCCCGCCACCACCUAUGAAUCCUUGUGUGCCAUCGCCUUGCGGUCCUAACAGCAAUUGUCGCAGCAUUAACAACCAAGCUGUCUGCUCUUGCCAAUCAGGAUUUGUCAACCAACCGCCAAACUGCCGUCCCGAGUGUGUUGUCAGCGCAGAGUGCGCCACAGAGCAUGCUUGCGUAAACAAUAAGUGCGUCGAUCCUUGCCAGCACACAUGUGGCAUUCGUGCCAUCUGCAGCACCAAGAAUCACAGUCCUAUCUGCACAUGUCCUCGUGGAAUGACUGGCGAUCCAUUUGUGCAAUGUACCAAGAUACCGAUUACACACGAUGUGACCACGCCCGAGCCACCUGCACCUUCCUGCGUGCCCUCGCCCUGCGGCCCCAACUCGAAAUGUCAAAUUGUUGGUGGAAGCCCAGCUUGCUCCUGCCUGCCGGACUUCAUUGGCGCACCACCCAGCUGCCGACCUCAGUGCGUACUGAACUCAGAGUGUGGCUCAACGGAGGCGUGUAUUAAUCAGAAGUGUCGGGAUCCUUGCCCUGGCUCUUGCGGCUUUGAGGCCAAGUGUCAUGUACUUAACCAUCUGCCAAUAUGUAACUGCAUCGAUGGUUUCACUGGAGAUCCGUUUGUGCGCUGCAGCAAGCUGCCAGAGGAAAAGGUUGUCGUACGACCCGAUGACCCAUGCAACCCCAAUCCCUGUGGACCCAACGCUGACUGCUUUGCCGGUGAGUGUCGCUGCCAGAACAACUAUCAAGGUAAUGCCUACGAGGGUUGUCGUCCCGAAUGCACACUGUCUGCCGACUGUUCACGGGAUAAGGCGUGCAUGCGCAACAAGUGUGUGGACCCCUGCCCGGGAACAUGUGGAAACAAUGCGAUUUGCGAAGUUAUGAAUCACAUACCUGUCUGCUCCUGUCAGCAAGGUUAUGAAGGCGAUCCGUUCACUAAUUGCCGUCCGAAGCCGAUUGAACCUGUGUCAGAGAUCAAGGCCUGCUCACCCUCGCCAUGCGGUGCCAACAGUCAGUGUCGCGAUAUUAAUGGACAUGCGGUGUGCUCGUGCCUGGAAGGCUUCAUUGGAGCACCGCCACAAUGUCGACCAGAAUGUGUCGUUUCCAGCGAGUGCUCAGCAUUGCAAGCAUGUGUCAACAAAAAGUGCGUCGAUCCCUGCGCUGGUGCCUGUGGUAUUGAGGCGCGCUGUGAGGUCAUCAAUCAUAGUCCCAUAUGUGGUUGUCCUCCAGGCACAACUGGUGAUCCAUUCAAGGGCUGCACCGAAAUACCCAUGCAAAAGGAUGUUGAUAAAGCGCAACCGCCCACCGAUCCAUGCGUGCCAUCGCCCUGUGGACCCAACUCCAUAUGCAAAGCUGAUGACAAGGGACCUGUCUGCCAAUGUCUGCCAGAGUACUUCGGAGCUCCGCCUAACUGCCGAGUCGAAUGUAUCAUCAAUCCAGAUUGUCCCUCAACACAGGCUUGCAUAAACAACAAGUGCCGCGAUCCCUGCCCAGGCUCCUGCGGAACAAAUUCGGAAUGCCGCGUUAUUGGCCAUUCUGUUUCGUGUUCAUGUCCACCCGGAUAUGCUGGCAAUGCCUUUGUACAGUGCGUGCAACAGCGCGAAGAACAGCCGAAGCCAUGCGAGCCCUCGCCGUGUGGCGCCAAUGCCGAAUGCAUUGAACGUAAUGGCGCUGCCGCUUGCAAGUGUAUUGACGAAUAUCAGGGUAAUCCUUACGAAGGCUGUCGGCCAGAGUGUGUGCUUAGCUCGGACUGUUCCACGGAUAAGGCUUGCAUUAGGAACAAGUGUCAAGAUCCUUGCCCGGGCAUCUGCGGUUCCAAUGCACAGUGCUAUGCUAUCAAUCAUGUGCCAAAUUGCGUUUGCAAUGAUGGAUAUACUGGUGAUCCGUUCUCCAAUUGUCGUCGUGUUGAAAUAACGCCACCCAAAACAGUUGCCGAUCCAUGCAGCCCAUCGCCUUGUGGCCCUAACAGCAAGUGCCGUGUGGCCAAUGGCUUGGCUGUAUGCUCUUGCCUGGACACCUUUAUUGGUGCACCGCCCAACUGCAAGCCGGAAUGUACAGUGAAUGCCGAAUGCCCACAGAACAAGGCGUGUCAUAAGUUCCGUUGCGCAAAUCCAUGUGCCGGCACUUGUGGCAUUGAUGCCAAAUGUGAGGUGAUCAACCACAAUCCCAUCUGCAGCUGUCCUCUAGACAUGACUGGCGAUCCGUUUUCGCGCUGCUAUCCAGCACCUGAAGUUGUUUCGCCAAAGGAUGCCCCCAAGAACCCAUGCCAGCCUUCGCCUUGCGGCCUAUAUUCUGAGUGCCGUGUACGCGGUGAUCAGGCAUCCUGCUCUUGCUUGGCAAACUACAUUGGAGCACCACCCAAUUGCCGACCCGAGUGUGUUGUGAACACUGAUUGUGCCUCAGAUCGUGCCUGCAUUGCAGAGAAGUGCCGCAAUCCCUGUGAAGGAUCCUGCGGUAUUAACUCCGAGUGUCGCAUACAGAAUCAUCUCGCUAUAUGUACGUGCCGCGGUAGCUUCACUGGGGAUCCGUUCGUGCAAUGUGUCGAAAUUGUUGAGAAGACAACACAGCCACCGCCCACAUCUCAGGAUCCAUGUGAUCUGCAACCAUGUGGCGCCAAUGCCGAAUGCAAUAACGGUAUCUGUAGCUGCCUUCCUGAAUACCAGGGUGAUCCCUACACCGGCUGCCGUCCAGAGUGCACGCUCAGCACAGAUUGCUCGCCAAAUAAGGCUUGUCUGAACAAAAAGUGUGUCGAUCCGUGCCCCGGAACCUGUGGACAGAAUGCACAAUGUGAUGUCUCCAACCAUAUACCUAUCUGCAGCUGUUUGCAAGGCUACACGGGUGAUCCGUUUGUCCAUUGCCGACAAGAGACCCCGGUUGCCAAGGAUCCUUGCCAACCAAAUCCAUGUGGACCGAACAGUUUAUGCCACAUCUCUGCCCAGGGCGCUGUCUGUGCAUGCCAGCCUGGCAUGUUGGGCUCACCACCCGCUUGCAAGCCCGAGUGCAUUGUCAGCUCAGAAUGUUCCCUGCAAACGGCCUGCAUACAGAAAAAAUGUGUGGAUCCGUGCCCAGGAGCUUGCGGUCAGUUUGCACGCUGCCAAGUGAUCAACCAUAAUCCGUCCUGCUCAUGCAACACCGGCUACACGGGCGAUCCGUUCACACGCUGCUACCAGGAAGAACGUAAGCCCACACCAGAAGUUCCCAGCCACCCUUGUGUACCAUCACCAUGUGGACCGAACUCAGAGUGCAAGGAACUCAACGGAAAUCCAGCUUGCUCUUGUGCAGCAACAUUUAUUGGCACACCGCCCAACUGUCGUCCCGAGUGCACCAUCAACCCAGAAUGUUCACCAACUAAAGCGUGCAUACGCCAGAAGUGUGCCGAUCCUUGUGUGGGCGCCUGCGGCUUUAAUGCUCGCUGCAAUGUGGCCAAUCAUCAGCCCAUAUGCACCUGCGACGUGGGCUACACAGGAGAUCCCUUCACCGGCUGUCAACAGGAACAAGAAAAAAUAGUCUACGAACAGAUCACACCAUGUGAACCGAAUCCAUGUGGAUCGAACGCCGUUUGCCGUGAGCGCAAUGGCAUUGGCUCUUGUCAAUGCAUGCCAGAUUACUUCGGCGAUCCCUACCAGUCGUGCCGACCAGAAUGCGUGCGUAAUUCUGACUGUCCAUCGAAUAAGGCAUGUCAGCAGCAAAAGUGUCGCGAUCCCUGCCCCGGCACAUGUGGUACGAACGCCGAUUGCCGAGUAACGACUCAUAUACCCACGUGCACAUGUCGCAGCGGUUACACCGGUUAUCCUUAUCGUUACUGUCAUGUGGAACCAGCUCAACCUAUACGGCAAGCCGAACCCACUCAGCCCUGUCAACCCUCGCCUUGUGGCCCCAAUUCCCAAUGCCGCGAGCUUAAUGGCCAAGCGGUGUGCUCCUGUCUUGAACUCUACAUCGGUUUGCCACCCAACUGUCGACCCGAGUGCGUAUUGAGCACUGAAUGUCCCACUGAUAAAGCAUGCAUAAGUCAACGUUGUCAGGAUCCUUGCCCGGGCACCUGCGGCAUCAAUGCCGAGUGCCGUGUGCGAAAUCAUAGUCCACUGUGUCAGUGUCGUCGAGGUUUUACGGGCGAUGCCUUCACACGUUGCUAUGCUAUGCCACCACCCGCCCCUGUCAUUGAGCGAGUUGAACGCGAUCCUUGCGUGCCCUCGCCGUGUGGUCUGAAUAGUCAGUGCCGCAAUGUGCAAGGAGUUCCAUCGUGCACCUGUCUACAGGAAUACAUAGGCACGCCACCGAAUUGCCGACCCGAAUGCACUAUCAGUGCCGAGUGCGCUUCGAACAUGGCGUGUAUUCGCGAAAAGUGUAUAGAUCCAUGUCCAGGGUCUUGUGGAUAUGCUGCGGAAUGUAAUGUUGUCAAUCACACACCGAUAUGUACUUGUCCUACAGGUUAUACGGGUGAUCCGUUUAGCAGUUGUCGCCUGGCGCCGCCAGAGCCAGUGUUAAACGAAUACGUUGAUCGUUGUCAACCAUCGCCGUGUGGUCCCAAUGCACAAUGCAGAGACGGUGUCUGCACAUGUUUGCCCGAGUUCCAUGGGGAUCCCUAUGCUGGUUGUCGCCCCGAAUGCGUCCUCAAUUCCGACUGCCCGCGAGACAAGGCCUGUCUACGCAGUAAAUGUCUGAAUCCGUGCCCGGGCACUUGUGGCGAGAAUGCCAUUUGCGACGUCAUUAACCAUAUCCCCAUGUGCAGGUGCCCCGAUGGUACCGCAGGCAGCGCCUUUAUACGCUGUACACCCGUGCCGAAAAUUGUUGUGGACACUAACCCUUGCCGCCCGUCGCCUUGUGGUCCAAAUUCUCAAUGCCGCGAAGUCAAUCAGCAGGCCGUGUGUUCUUGUUUGCCAACCUUCAUUGGCGCACCACCCACCUGUAGGCCAGAGUGUACCUCCAAUGCCGAGUGUGCGCCUACCCAGGCGUGUCUCAAUCAGCGUUGUGGUGACCCUUGUCCUGGCACUUGUGGAGUGGGCGCCAAUUGUGCGGUUGUUAACCACAGUCCCUUCUGCACCUGUCCCGCACGCUUCACCGGAAAUCCCUUUAUACGUUGCCAACCACAAAUUGAACCAGUUCGUGAUGUUCAGCCAAUAGAUCCAUGCCGACCAUCGCCCUGUGGCCCUUACUCUCAAUGUCGUCCUAUUGGAGAAGCGCCCGCCUGUUCCUGUCUCGAAACUUAUAUAGGGCGUCCACCAAAUUGUCGACCGGAGUGUGUCACCAGCUCGGACUGUAGCAGUCAACUGGCUUGUAUUAACCAGAAGUGUGUUGAUCCAUGCCCAGGACGCUGUGGCCCUAACGCUGACUGCCGCGUCGUCAGCCAUGUGGUGCAAUGCAUCUGCCAGCAGGGCUUUACCGGUGAUCCAUUCAUUCAAUGCAGUCCAGAAAUCGAACGAGAUAUCGAAGUGCGUACACCCUGCAGCCCGAGUCCAUGUGGUGCCAAUGCUAUUUGUCGCGAACGAGACGGUGCUGGAUCUUGUCAAUGUCUGCCGGAAUACUUUGGCAAUCCCUACGACGGUUGUCGUCCCGAGUGUGUUCUUGACUCCGAUUGUCCGUCGAAUCGUGCCUGUCAACAGCAAAAGUGUCAGGAUCCUUGUCCCGGCACCUGUGGUCGAAAUGCCAACUGUCAAGUAGUCAAUCAUUUACCAUCCUGUAAUUGUCUACCUGGAUUCAUAGGCGAUCCGUAUCGUCUUUGUACGCGUCCUGCCGAACCUAUACGUAAUGAAUACACCAAUCCGUGUGAGCCCACGCCGUGUGGUCCCAACUCACAGUGUCGCGUUACCAAUGAACAGGCCGUCUGUUCGUGUCUGCCUCAGUUCAUUGGUGCCCCACCAGCCUGCCGACCUGAGUGCACCAUCUCAUCGGAAUGUGCUGCAGACAAGGCCUGUCUAAAUCAAAAGUGUGUCGAUCCCUGCGUGGCCAACACUUGUGGCAACAAUGCGAUAUGUCGAGUACGCAACCACAGUCCCAUCUGCAGUUGCAUCAGUGGUUUCACUGGUGAUGCCUUUACACAAUGCUUUCCUAUACCACCCCGGCCAAUCGAGGUCCAACAAGAGCCUUUGCGUGACCCCUGCGUGCCGACACCCUGUGGCCCACACUCCGAAUGUCGCAACAUUAAUGGAGUACCAGCGUGUUCCUGCCUAGCCACAUUUAUUGGUCAGGCGCCCAAUUGUCGCCCAGAGUGUACCAUUAAUUCCGAGUGUCCCAGUCAGCAGGCAUGCAUUAAUCAAAAAUGUCGUGAUCCCUGCCCAGGCGCCUGUGGAUUAAAUGCUGUUUGCAGUGUUAUAAACCAUACGCCGCUCUGUGCUUGCAUUGACGGCUAUAUUGGAAAUCCAUUUACAAGCUGCAAUCUUAGACCACCGCAACCAACUACACCUCCUGUUAGGGACGAUCCUUGUAAUCCAUCACCAUGUGGUGCCAAUGCACAAUGUAAUGAUGGCAAAUGUACUUGCAUAGCCGAAUACCAGGGUGAUCCAUAUGUGGGCUGCCGCCCAGAGUGUGUUCUCAACACAGACUGCCCACAGAAUCGAGCUUGCAUACGUAACAAAUGCAUCGAUCCUUGCCCGGGCACCUGUGGUGUGAAUGCGAUUUGCGAGGUGAAGAAUCAUGUGCCCAUCUGUCGCUGUCCCGACCAAAUGUCAGGCAAUGCAUUCUUUGAAUGCCGCCCAGUACCCGCACCACCGCCUCAGAAUCCCUGCCAGCCAUCACCGUGUGGACCCAAUAGCCAGUGUCGCGUGGUGCAAGAAACCGCUGUCUGCUCGUGUCUGAUUGACUAUGUAGGCAGUCCGCCGCAAUGUCGUCCGGAAUGUGUCACCAAUUCAGAUUGUGCUGCGAAUCAAGCUUGCCAGAACAUGAAGUGCCGCGAUCCUUGUCCCGGCACUUGCGGCUUCAAUGCUCUAUGCAAUGUGGUGAACCACAGUCCUUUCUGCAGUUGCCCCGCUGGCAUGUCAGGCAAUCCUUUCGUGCGCUGUGAACAGAUUAUAGUUCCCCAACGUGAUGUCACGCCUCAGAAUCCAUGUCAGCCCUCGCCGUGUGGCCCCAACUCUGAGUGCCGUGUCUCAGGUGAUUCGCCAUCCUGCUCUUGUCUGCCCGAAUUUUUGGGCUCUCCACCGAAUUGCCGACCAGAAUGCAUAUCUAACUCAGAGUGUGCCACCAACCAGGCCUGCGUUAAUCAGAAAUGCGUGGAUCCAUGUCCAGGACUUUGUGGUCUCAAUGCGAACUGCCGUGUUUUCAGCCACACAGCCAUGUGCUUGUGUGAUAGCGGCUUCACGGGUGAUCCAUUUGCCCAAUGCAGUCCCAUAAGAGAGACACAGAUCGAGCGGAUACAGCCCUGCAAUCCAAGUCCAUGCGGCGUCAAUGCCAAGUGUGAAGAACGGGGCGGUGCUGGCUCUUGCCAGUGCCUUCCUGAAUACUUUGGCAAUCCUUACGAAGGCUGCCGACCGGAGUGCGUAGCCAACUCAGAUUGUCCUUCAAAUAGAGCUUGUCAGCAGCAGAAAUGCCGCGAUCCCUGCCCUGGCACAUGCGGGCAGAAUGCCGAGUGCCAAGUUAUUAAUCAUUUGGCCACGUGCAAUUGUCUGAAUGGCUACACUGGAGAUCCUUAUAGUAUUUGCCGUAUAGUUGAAAACGAACCACCCGAACGUAUCUAUGUGAAUCCUUGUCAACCAUCGCCUUGCGGGCCGAAUUCGCGCUGUCGCGAAGUUAACGAGCAGGCGGUCUGCUCCUGUCUAACUGAGUUUAUAGGCAGUCCACCCGCUUGUCGGCCCGAGUGUACCAGUAGCUCCGAGUGUGCUGCUGACAAGGCUUGUGUGAAUCGCAAAUGCGUUGACCCUUGCCCCAAUGUCUGUGGCCAACAGGCCGAGUGCCGCGUACGCAACCACAGUCCCAUCUGCACUUGCUUAAAUGGAUUCACAGGCGACGCUUUUACACGUUGCUAUAAAUUGCCUCGUCCGCCUAUUGUGACAGUUAAACAAGAACCGCUAGAUCCUUGUGUUCCAUCGCCUUGUGGCGCCAACUCACAAUGUCGCGAUAAUUAUGGAACACCAUCGUGUUCCUGCCUGCCCAAUUAUCUCGGCACUCCACCGAACUGCCGACCAGAAUGCUCUAUCAAUGCCGAAUGUCCGAGUCAUCAGGCAUGCAUCAAUCAAAAGUGUCGCGAUCCUUGCCCCGGUUCCUGUGGCCUCAACACACAGUGCAACGUUAUAAAUCACACACCAAUUUGUAGUUGUCUAGUGGGAUAUAUCGGUGAUCCCUUCGUUGUGUGUAAUCCUGAGCCACCACAAAAAAUUGAAGCACCGCCAGUACCUCAGGAUCCAUGCAACCCUUCGCCAUGUGGUGCCAAUGCCCAAUGUCACAAUGGUCAAUGCACCUGUAUUCCCGAAUACCAAGGAGAUCCUUUCGUUGGCUGUCGCCCAGAAUGUGUACUGCACACGGACUGCGCCCGCAAUCUGGCUUGUGUGCGUCAUAAGUGCGUGGAUCCAUGUCCCGGCACUUGUGCGUCCACGGCUAUUUGCGAGGUGCUCAAUCACAUACCCAACUGCCGUUGCCCCGAUGGCAUGGAAGGCAACGCGUUUGUCGGCUGCAACCCAGUGCAACAACUCGACGUCGUUCAGAACCCUUGCCAGCCAACACCUUGCGGACCAAACUCCCAAUGUCGCGUGAUAAAUCAACAGGCCAUCUGUUCUUGCAUUAUGAGUUUUAUUGGUAGUCCGCCUUUCUGUCGACCUGAAUGCACAUCGAACUCGGAAUGCCCACUGAAUUUGGCUUGUCUCAAUCAGAAGUGCAGUGACCCUUGUCCCGGCGUCUGUGGUCGCAAUGCCCAGUGCCAUGUGACAAACCACAGUCCAUUCUGCCGUUGCCUGGAUCGCCACACGGGCAAUCCAUUUGUAAGCUGCCAGCCGAUUAUCGAGCCCCCAACGCCCCCACCACGCCAAGCUUGCCAGCCAUCACCUUGUGGACCUUUCGCCGAAUGCCGUGAGAUAAACGAGACACCUUCUUGCACUUGCCUGCCAAACUACAUUGGCACACCACCAAACUGUCGACCAGAGUGUGUUACUAGCUCGGAGUGUCCAACGCAUCAAGCUUGCAUACAACAAAAGUGUCGCGAUCCAUGCCCUGGUCUAUGUGGGCAAGCAGCUGUUUGCCGAGUACUUUCACAUACGCCGAGCUGUUACUGUCCCGACAAUCUAGAGGGUGAUCCCUUCGUGCAGUGUGUGGAAAGAAAAAUUCCGCAAUUGGAUCAGUUGGAUCCAUGCAAUCCUAGUCCAUGCGGUGUAAAUGCUCGAUGCACAGCCCGACAGGAUGCUGGCUCAUGUCAAUGUCUGAUGGGCUACUUUGGAAAUCCGUACGAAGGAUGCCGACCAGAAUGUGUGCUCGACUCCGAUUGUCCUUCGAACCGUGCUUGCCAGCAACAAAAGUGUCAAGAUCCCUGCCCCGGCACCUGUGGCCCGAAUGCAGUAUGCAAUGUGCUCAAUCAUGUGCCCAGCUGCAGCUGCCUAACUGGCUACAGUGGCGACCCAUACCGCCUCUGUCAACAGGAACGGCAACCGAUCAAGCAAUAUGUGAAUCCGUGUCAGCCCUCACCUUGUGGCCCCAAUUCUCAGUGUCGGGAAAGCAAUGAACAGGCUGUUUGCUCAUGCUUGCCCGAGUAUGUGGGUGCACCACCAGCCUGUCGACCUGAGUGCACCAUUUCGUCAGAGUGUGCAGCAGACAAGGCCUGUGUGGCCAAGAAGUGUGUUGAUCCCUGUCCGGGCACUUGUGGUGAUCAAGCUUUAUGCCGUGUAGUUAACCAUAGUCCAAUUUGUUCAUGUCGCACUGGUUAUACGGGUGAUGCUUUCUACCGCUGUCUACCCAUACCUCCCGCACCGCCUACUACAAUUGUGCAAAAGCAACCGAUUGACCCUUGUGUGCCCUCGCCUUGCGGCUCUUACGCUGAGUGCCGUCCUCAUGGUGAAGCACCAUCCUGCUCCUGUUUGGCAGGUUAUUUGGGAGUACCCCCCAACUGCCGUCCAGAGUGUCGAAUCAACUCCGACUGCCCCAGCAGUCGAGCCUGCAUAAACGAAAAGUGUCUCGAUCCCUGCCCAGGCUCUUGUGGCUUCGGUGCCAUUUGCAAUGUCAUAAAUCAUACACCCAGCUGCACUUGUCCAGCUGGCUAUACCGGUGACUCAUUUACCCAUUGUCAGCCGGAACCACCACCGAAACCUGUAGAAGCCGACGAUCCUUGCAAUCCUUCGCCCUGUGGUCCAAAUGCUGUAUGCAAUGCCGGUGUCUGCACCUGUCUGCCAGAGUAUCAAGGCGAUCCUAACAGCGGUUGUCGUCCCGAAUGUCUUACUAGCUCGGAUUGCCCGCGAGAUCGAGCAUGCGCUCUUCACAAGUGUUUCGAUCCCUGCCCAGGCACAUGUGCCCCGAAUGCGCUGUGCACCGUGCUUAAUCAUAUACCGAUGUGUACAUGUCCUGAAGGUUAUGCAGGCAAUGCUUUCCUUCAGUGUCACCCAAUACCACCACCUGCCAUUGUACAACCCUGUCAACCUUCGCCCUGUGGACCGAACUCACAAUGCCGAGAGGCGAAUCAGCAAGCUGUCUGCUCUUGUGUGCCAGGCUAUAUUGGCACACCACCACUUUGUCGUCCAGAGUGCACCAGCAAUUCGGAAUGUGCUGCCCAGCUAGCCUGUGUGAAUCAAAAGUGUGUUGAUCCCUGCCCCGGUGCUUGUGGUCGCAGUGCCCAGUGUAGUGUAGUCAAUCACAAUCCGUUCUGUACCUGUUUGCCUCAUUACACGGGUAAUCCGUUUGUGGGCUGCCAGUUAAUUGUUGAGCCUCCUCAACGAGACAUUGAGCCCCAAGAUCCAUGUCGUCCAUCUCCUUGUGGCGCCAACGCCGAGUGCCGCGCCAUUGGGGAGACACCGUCCUGCACGUGCCUAGCUGAAUAUGUAGGCUCGCCACCUUACUGCAAGCCGGAAUGCGUUGCAAACUCCGAAUGUCCAAGCAAUCGUGCGUGUAUAAAUCAAAAAUGUCGCGACCCCUGUCCUGGUCUUUGUGGAGCCAAUGCUCUUUGCCGAGUUGUCUCACAUACGCCUAUGUGCAUCUGUGACGUUGGACUAACGGGCGAUCCAUUUACGCAAUGCCAGCCAAUAGAAAAGGAUGUGGAAAUUAUAAAUCCCUGUCAGCCAUCGCCUUGCGGCUCCAAUGCCGAGUGUAUACAGCGCAAUGGUGCCGGAGCCUGUCAAUGUCUGCCCGAUUUCUAUGGCAAUCCCUACGAGGGAUGUCGCCCGGAGUGUAUACUUAACUCGGAUUGCCCAUCGAAUCGCGCGUGUCAGCAACAAAAGUGCCGUGAUCCCUGUCCCGGCAGCUGCGGACAAAAUGCUGAAUGCAGUGUUGUGAACCACACGCCCAUGUGCUCCUGCUUCGCGGGAUAUGUUGGAGAUCCUUACCGCUACUGUAACCAGCCAGCAGAACCAAUUGAUAACGACUAUGUAAACCCAUGUUUGCCCUCGCCCUGCGGCUCGAAUGCCCAAUGUCGCGAGGUUCAGGGACAAGGUGUCUGUUCCUGCCUGCCUGAAUUUAAGGGAGUGCCCCCGAAUUGUCGACCCGAAUGUACCUCUAGCGCUGAGUGCUUAUCUACCCAGGCAUGCAUCAAUCGCAAGUGUGUUGAUCCAUGCCCGGGCGUUUGCGGCCAACAGGCGAUAUGUCAAGUGCGCAACCACAGCCCCAUUUGUAUGUGUCCUGCGGGCCUAAUGGGCGAUCCAUUUGUUCGCUGCCUUCCCCGACCAACACCGCCACCACCACUUCGAGAUGUGGUACCCUAUCGCGAUCCCUGCGUACCUUCGCCAUGUGGCCUCUAUGCUACGUGCCGUAAUCAACAUGAUCAAGCGAUCUGCGCUUGUCAGGCUAACUAUUACGGCACCCCGCCCCAUUGUCGACCCGAAUGUACCAUCAAUGCAGACUGCGCCAGUCAUCUGGCUUGCAUUGGUGAGCAGUGUCGCGAUCCAUGUCCAGGAGCUUGCGGCCAGCACACAGAAUGUCGUGUGAUUAAUCACACGCCCAACUGUGUUUGCCUGCAUGGCUACGUGGGCGAUGCCUUUGUGGCUUGCCAUCCUGCACCACGUAAGCUACGCGGAAAAGACUUUAACCCUCAGAGUAGAUCAAUACCUUACACCUUCCUUACAGCGCCCCCUGUUUAUAAUGAACCCAGAGAUCCCUGCAAUCCCAGUCCAUGCGGCAGCAAUGCUAUCUGCUCGGGAGAUGGACAAUGUACGUGCAUUGCAGAAUAUCAGGGCGACCCCUAUAUCGCGUGUCGUCCAGAAUGCGUUUUGAGCGCUGAGUGUCCUCGAAAUCUCGCCUGCGUUCGACAAAAGUGUGUUGAUCCCUGCCCAGGCACCUGUGGACAUGGCGCCAUUUGUCAAGUUGUCAAUCACAUUGCCAUGUGCCACUGUCCAGUGGAAAUGACUGGCAACGCCUUUAUUCAGUGCAGUCCCGUACAAAUUCCCGUCUAUCAGAAUCCUUGCCAGCCGUCACCUUGUGGCGCAAACGCCGAGUGCCGCGAACGGCAGGGUCAGGCUAUUUGUAGUUGCUUAGCAAACUAUUACGGUGUGCCACCAUCUUGUCGCCCGGAGUGCACCGUCAACUAUGACUGCGCACCUAGCCUGGCUUGCCAGAACCAACGAUGUGUCGAUCCAUGUCCUGGCGCCUGUGGUGCUUAUGCAGAAUGCCGGGCAGUCAGUCACAGUCCCUUCUGUAGUUGUCAGCCUGGCUACACGGGCAACCCGUUCGUUCAGUGCCACAGAAUUAUUGAACCAUUGCGAGAAAUAACAUCGCAGGAUCCACGCCAACCGUCCCCUUGUGGUCCAAAUAGCGAAUGCCGUCGCAAUGGCGAUACACCGUCCUGUUCGUGCUUAGAGAACUUCUUUGGAACCCCACCCAACUGCAGACCCGAGUGCUUGUCCAACUCUGAUUGCGCUUCAUCGCAGAUUUGCAGGAACAAUCGUUGCACGGAUCCUUGUCCCGGUCUUUGCGGCCGCAAUGCUGAGUGUCAUGUGCAUAGUCAUAGCGCCAUGUGCUUCUGUCAAUCAGGCUAUACCGGCGAUCCAUUCGUUCUAUGCACACAAAUUCAAUACGAGCCGCCUGAAGUGGUCCAACCCUGUAAUCCCAAUCCUUGCGGCACAUUUGCCGAAUGCCGUCAACGCAAUGGCAUUGGCUCCUGCCAGUGCUUGCCCGACUACUUUGGAAAUCCCUACGAAGCUUGCCGCCCAGAGUGUGUGCUUGACUCCGAUUGCCCAUCCAAUAGAGCUUGCGUCAAUCAAAAGUGCCGCGAUCCCUGCCCCGGAACCUGUGGCUACAACGCCGAAUGCUACGUUCGUAACCAUUUGCCGACUUGCAAUUGUCUCAACAACUAUGUGGGUGAUCCAUAUCGGUACUGCAGCCUUGCAGAGAAACCCAUACGCGAGUAUAUCAAUCCCUGCCAACCCUCACCCUGCGGUCCCAACAGUCAGUGCAAAGAGCUCAAUGAGCAGGCUGUCUGCUCGUGUCUACCCGAGUAUGUGGGCAGCCCACCUGGCUGUCGCCCUGAGUGUACACUUUCAUCAGAAUGUAGCUUUGACAAAGCUUGCGUACAGCACAAAUGUGUUGAUCCGUGUCCAGGGGCAUGCGGCAGCAAUGCACAGUGUCAUGCCACAAAUCAUGCUCCGCUGUGCACAUGCCACUCUGGAUAUACUGGAGAUCCGUUUACUCGUUGCUAUCCCAUACCUCCGCCGCCCACUCAGCUGCUACAUGAGCCUGUGCGCGAUCCUUGCCUGCCGUCGCCCUGUGGAGCUAAUGCUCAGUGUCGGCAGUCAAGUGGUCAAGCCAUCUGUAGCUGCUUGGCUGGUUACUUUGGGGCACCGCCGAGCUGUCGACCUGAAUGUACGCAGAGUGCAGAAUGUUUGCCCAGCUUGGCCUGCAUAAACCAACGCUGCGUGGAUCCUUGCCCUGGCUCCUGUGCUUACAAUGCAGUUUGUACUGUGCGCAAUCAUGUGCCCAGCUGCCAGUGUCCCGCCGGAUACAUAGGUGAUCCAUUUACCUUCUGUCAGCUUGAUCCACCCAAACCCAUCGUUCCCGACGAUCCCUGCAAUCCAUCGCCCUGUGGAGCUAAUGCCCAAUGCCAAAACGGCCAAUGCACAUGCUUAGACGAGUAUCAAGGCGAUCCCUAUAGGGGUUGCCGACCAGAGUGCGUGCUUAAUGCCGACUGUCCGCGUGAUCGUGCUUGCGUUCGCAACAAAUGCAUCAAUCCCUGUCCAGGAACUUGUGCACCCAAUGCCAUUUGCGACGUACUUAAUCAUAUAGCAAUGUGUCGCUGUCCCGACGGAAUGAUUGGCAAUGCGUUCAUUCAGUGUGAGGCACCGCCUGUUCAACAUCAGCCGCCUAUAAAUCCUUGUGCACCCUCGCCAUGUGGCCCUAACAGUCGUUGCCGUGUUUUCAACGACAACGCCGUCUGCACCUGCAUUGAGGAUUAUGUAGGCACCCCACCUAACUGUCGUCCGGAAUGUACACGGAAUUCGGACUGCUUGCUCAGUUUGGCGUGCCAGCAACAACACUGCAUUGAUCCCUGCCCAGGCACAUGUGGCUAUAAUGCAGUCUGCCAUGUGGUCAAUCAUGCACCCAUUUGUAGUUGUGCUUUGCGACACAUUGGCAAUCCUUUCCUAGGCUGCUCGCCAAUACCGCCACAGCGCGAUGUCGUUCCUGUAAAGCAGCCCUGUCAGCCGUCACCUUGUGGCCCGUACGCCGAAUGCCGUGCAGUGGGUGAUCAGGCUCAAUGUAGCUGCCUAUCCAACUACAUUGGACAACCGCCGAAUUGUCGACCGGAGUGCGUCACCAACUCGGAAUGCAGCUUUGAUAAGGCGUGCGUCAAUCAGAAAUGUGUGAAUCCAUGUCCAGGCUCCUGUGGCUCGAAUGCUGUCUGUCAUGUGCUCAGCCAUGUAGCCAUGUGCUACUGUUCUCCUGGAUAUACGGGCGAUCCCUUCACCAAUUGUCGCCAGGAGCCCAUUACUCAACUAGAGGAGCGCACACAGCCUUGUUAUCCCAAUCCGUGCGGUGCCAAUGCGGUAUGUCGUCAGGAGGGAAAUGCUGGAUCUUGUCAAUGCCGACCCGACUACCAUGGCAAUCCAUACGAGGCUUGUCGACCCGAGUGCGUCACUAAUAGUGACUGUCCGUCGGACAAGUCCUGUCAGCAAUUAAAAUGUCGCGAUCCUUGUCCGGGUGUGUGCGGCUUAAAUGCCGUUUGUCGCGUCCUUAACCAUCUGCCCACAUGCCAUUGCCUAAGCAAUUACGUUGGUGAUCCUUAUCGUUAUUGUCAGCUCCCCGAGAAACCAAUUUUGAAAGAGUAUGUAAAUCCCUGUCAACCCUCACCCUGUGGUUCCAAUUCCCAGUGCCUUGAAAAGAACGAACAGGCUAUUUGCUCCUGUUUGGCAGAAUAUGUGGGCACACCUCCCAACUGUCGGCCCGAAUGUGUUACCAGUGGCGAGUGUCCUUCGAACAAGGCCUGCAUUAAUCAAAAGUGCCAAGACCCAUGUCCUGGUGUUUGCGGUACAAACGCCGACUGUCGCGUUUACCAUCAUGCACCAAUUUGCAGCUGCCGUCAAGGCUAUCAAGGUGAUGCGUUCACACGCUGCUACCCCGUGCCACCCCCAUCCCCUGUUCAGUUGGAUACAUAUAAGAAUCCCUGUAUUCCAUCGCCAUGCGGUCAAAAUGCAGAGUGUCGCGAUAGUCAUGGCCAGGCAAUUUGCAGUUGCUUACGCAACUAUUUUGGUAGCCCACCCAACUGUCGACCCGAGUGUAGCAUCAACGCGGAUUGUGCCGCUCAUCUGGCCUGUCAACAGCAGCGUUGCCGUGAUCCAUGUCCCGGAGCAUGCGGCUUCAACGCGCAGUGCGUCGUCAUUAAUCACACACCUGUGUGUCAGUGUGCACCAGGAUUAACUGGCAAUCCAUUUGCCUCGUGUCAAGCACCAGCACCAAAACCGCCUGUGCUGGCUGAUGAUCCCUGCCUGCAUGUACAGUGCGGUGCCAAUGCUAUUUGUCGCCAGGGACAGUGCAGCUGUCUACCCGAAUUCCAUGGCAACCCAACGAUUGGAUGUCGCCCUGAGUGCAUAUUGAACACAGAAUGCGCCCAAAAUCUUGCAUGCGUACGCCAGAAAUGUAUCGAUCCCUGUCCAGGCACAUGUAGCUCAACUGCCAUUUGUGAGGUGCACAACCAUGUGGCCAUGUGUCACUGUCCAGCUGGAAUGACGGGAAAUGCUUUUGUACAGUGCUCACCGAUGCCGCCGCCGCCGCCAAUUGUAAUUUCUGAUCCCUGCCAACCAUCGCCCUGCGGCGCUAAUGCGCAAUGUCGUAACGUCAAUGGACAAGCCAUUUGCUCUUGCCUGCCUCAAUUCGUGGGUGUGCCGCCGUCUUGCCGUCCUGAAUGUGUCAGCAACGCAGAGUGCCCGCUGCACUUGGCUUGCCUGCAGCAACGUUGCAGAGACCCUUGUCCGGGUGCAUGCGGCCAGAACGCUGAGUGCCGAGUGCUUAACCACAGUCCAAUCUGUCGUUGCAUACAUUCUUACCUGGGCAAUCCCUUCAUUGAAUGCCAUCCGCAGCCGCCACAGCCGCCAAUUCAACACGAUGUGAUUGAUCCCUGCAGGCCGUCGCCCUGUGGACCCAAUUCUGAAUGCCGCAACGUUGGCAGCAACGCCCAGUGCAGCUGUCUUGUUGGAUUUAUUGGUACCCCGCCGAACUGUCGACCAGAAUGCGUCAGCAACGCUGACUGCCCAACAAAUCUGGCUUGCUUUAAUCAAAAGUGCCGAGAUCCUUGUCCGGGUGUUUGUGGCAGCAACGCCGAAUGCUAUGUCAUUAAUCAUACACCCACGUGCAACUGCAUACGUGGACACACUGGUAAUCCCUUCGUUGGCUGCGACGUACAGCGUGAUGUGAUCGAACCACUGACACCUUGUGUACCCAGUCCCUGUGGCUCAAAUGCGAUCUGUACCGAGUUGAAUGGCGCUGGAGCAUGUCAGUGCUUACCAGAAUUUUAUGGAAAUCCGUAUGUCGGCUGCCGACCGGAAUGUGUCCUGAAUUCAGAUUGUCCCAGUCAGCUGGCGUGUCUUAAUCAGCACUGCCGCGAUCCUUGCGCGGGUAUCUGUGGUCCCAAUGCCAUCUGCCACAUGCGUCAUCAUCUGCCGCAGUGCAAUUGUCUCAAUGGCUACGAGGGCAAUCCUUAUAGCUACUGCAGUGUCAUAACUGAACCCUUGCGAGAACCUGUCCCACUUAAUCCCUGUCAGCCCUCGCCAUGUGGACCCAACUCAAAAUGCCAUGAGGCCAAUCAACAGGCCGUUUGCAGUUGCCUACCGGACUUUGUUGGCACACCACCAGCCUGUCGACCCGAGUGUACCAUUUCUAGCGAGUGUUCCCUUGACAAGACCUGUAGCAAUCAACACUGUGUUGAUCCCUGCCCGGGCGUCUGUGGCCGCAAUGCCGUAUGUCGCGCUAUCAAUCACAGUCCCCAUUGCAGCUGCUUGCCAGGUUUUACGGGCGAUGCAUUCACCGACUGUCGAAAUAUACCGCCCGCUAUCAGCUAUGACUAUCCCAAGAAUCCCAUUCGCGAUCCCUGUGUUCCGUCCCCCUGCGGCACUUUUGGACAGUGCCAUGCCGAACGCGGUCAAGCCGUGUGUCGUUGCUUGCCCAAUUAUUAUGGUGCCCCGCCCAACUGCCAGCCUGAAUGUGUCAUAAACAGCGAUUGCGCUUCGCAUCUGUCCUGCAUGAGUGAAAAGUGUCGCGAUCCUUGCCCCGGCUCCUGUGGUUUCGCUGCCCAAUGCAGCGUCAUCAAUCAUAUGCCCAUUUGCAGAUGUCCCGUUGGCUAUCAAGGAAAUCCUUUCAUUAGCUGUACACCAAUACCAGCUUCAUAUGAACCACCGCCACGCGAUGCCUGCAAUCCUUCGCCCUGUGGCUCAAACGCCGUUUGUAACAAUGGCCAAUGCUCGUGUCUUGCCGACUUCUAUGGCAAUGCCUACAUAGGCUGCCGCCCCGAAUGUGUUCUUAACUCGGACUGUGCACGCGACAAGGCCUGCCAGGCCAGUAAAUGUGUUGAUCCCUGCCCCGGUGCAUGUGGUGUGGGUGCCAUUUGCGAAGUCCACAACCAUGUGCCAAUGUGCCACUGUCCGCCGGGCACAUCCGGCAAUGCAUUUGUGCAGUGUGCCUUAGUCCAACCUGAUCCAAUCGUGCCCGCUAACCCAUGCCGCCCAACACCCUGUGGCAGCAAUUCGCAAUGCCGUGUGUCAAAUGAGCAGGCCGUGUGUUCCUGCCUGCCAGACUUUUAUGGCACACCCCCGCACUGUCGACCCGAAUGUACCAUCAAUUCGGACUGCGCGCCCCAUUUGGCUUGCCAAAAUCAACAUUGCCGUGAUCCCUGCCCUGGAGCCUGUGGUCAAAAUGCGCUCUGCCAGGUUAUCCGUCACACGCCGCAUUGCAGUUGUCCGACGGGAUACACGGGCAACGCGUUUGCCUUGUGCCAACGACUACCGCCACCUCCAAUUGUGCAACGAGAACCAGUCAAUCCCUGCCAGCCGUCACCGUGCGGUGCCAAUGCAGUGUGCACGCCUUCAGCAGAUGGCAGCCAAGCGCAGUGCAAGUGUGUGGAGAACUUCAUUGGAACCCCGCCCAAUUGCAGGCCUGAAUGUGUUACAUCAGCGGAGUGCUCCAACCAAUUGGCAUGCAUUGGACAAAAGUGUCGCGAUCCUUGUCCUGGUGUCUGCGGCCAGGCUGCAACAUGUCAAGUGAUUAGCCAUGUUCCAUCUUGCAUUUGCAUAGCCGAUUAUAUUGGAGAUCCAUUCACAAAAUGCUAUCCACGUCCGCAUCUGGAACUGGACCAAAUUAAUCCGUGUACUCCAAGUCCUUGCGGCAGCAAUGCUAUCUGCACAGAGCAGGGCAGAGUUGGUGCCUGUCAAUGCCUGCCAAAUUAUUAUGGAAAUCCCUAUGAAGGCUGUCGACCCGAAUGUGUCCUGAACUCCGACUGCUCUAGCCAUCUGGCCUGCCUUAAUCAACAUUGCCGUGAUCCCUGUCCCGGCAGCUGUGCGCCCAACGCCCAGUGUCAAGUCGUCAACCAUGUUCCCCUCUGCAGCUGCUAUCCUAACUAUGUUGGUGAUCCAUAUCGCCAUUGCCAACUGCGUCAGGCAGAACCCACGCCCCCAGUGUAUAAAAAUCCAUGUGAGCCAACGCCUUGUGGCGCCAAUUCCCAAUGCCGCGAAUCGCAGGGUCAAGCCAUUUGCAGCUGCCUGCCACAGUUUAUAGGCACUCCGCCCGCCUGCCGUCCAGAGUGUGUCAUUAGUGCCGAAUGUGCCGCGGACAAGGCCUGCAUAAACCAGAAGUGUGAGGAUCCCUGUCCUGGCGCCUGUGGCCUCAAUGCACAGUGUCAUGUGCGCAACCACAGUCCGCUCUGCUCCUGCCAAUCUGGUUACACGGGCGAUGCCUUCGUCCGUUGCUUGCCGAUACCGCCACCCAAAGAAGCAGAUCCACCUAAGCAGCCAGCUAUGCCGUGCGUGCCAUCACCAUGUGGACCCAAUUCGCAGUGCCGUGAACAGAAUGGAGGCGCCAGUUGCAGCUGCUUGCCCAAUUUCAUUGGCGCAGCGCCAAACUGUCGCCCUGAGUGCACCAUUAAUGCAGAGUGCCCCAGUAAUUUGGCUUGCAUCAAUGAGAAAUGUCGCGAUCCUUGCCCCGGUGCCUGCGGCUUUGCAGCGCAGUGUAAUGUAAUCAAUCAUAUGCCCAGCUGUUCAUGCCCCACUGGCUAUACAGGCGAUCCCUUUACUAGUUGCCGUCGCAUACCACCCACACCGCCACCGGCACCACCAAUUCCUGAUGAUCCGUGCAAUCCCUCGCCAUGCGGCAGCAAUGCGCAGUGUCGCAACGGUGUAUGCUCUUGCCUGCCCGAAUAUCAGGGCGAUCCCUAUAUCGGUUGUCGUCCGGAAUGCGUGUUGAACUCCGAGUGCCCCAGAAAUCGCGCUUGUGUGCGCAAUAAGUGCAUUGAUCCUUGCCCCGGAACAUGUGCCCAGAACGCUCUGUGUGAUGCCAUCAAUCACAUUGCCAUGUGUCGCUGUCCAGAGCGAAUGACUGGCAAUGCAUUCGUUGACUGCACACCUGUGCGCGACGAGCCCAUUGUCAAUCCUUGUCAACCAUCGCCAUGCGGAGCCAAUGCACAGUGCAUUGAGCGCAAUGGAAACGCGAUUUGCUCCUGCGUCACUGGAUAUCUGGGCCAGCCUCCCAAUUGUCGUUUGGAGUGCUACACUAGCUCGGACUGCUCGCAGCAGCACGCGUGCAUCAACAACAAGUGCGUGGAUCCCUGCCCAGGACAAUGUGGCCUCAAUGCAGUAUGUCAAGCUGUACAGCAUCGAGCGCACUGCGAAUGCAUCGCUGGCUAUACUGGAAACGCCUACCGACUGUGCAAUCCCAUUGUUGUGGAACGCAAGCCAGAGAAAGCUCGCGAUCCGUGCUACCCAUCGCCAUGUGGACAAAAUGCUCAGUGCACGAACGAGAAUGGUGAAGCGCGUUGCACUUGCCUGGCGGAGUUCCAGGGCACGCCACCCCACUGUCGACCAGAGUGUUCUUACAAUGACGAGUGUCCCAAUAAUUUGGCCUGUAUCGGUCAGAAAUGCCGCGAUCCAUGUCCCGGAAGCUGUGGUCAAAAUGCUCUCUGUAGAGUUACCCUACAUACUCCCAAUUGUCACUGUCCCGCCGGUAUGACGGGUGAUCCGUUCCGACUUUGCCAGCAAGUGCAAGAAACUCGGCCAACACCAUUGCCUACACCGAAGAAUCCCUGCCAGCCAUCGCCGUGUGGCAGCAACACCGAGUGCCGCUUGCGUGGCGAAAGCCAUGUCUGCGAAUGUAUACAGGAGUACAUAGGCAAUCCGUAUGAGGGUUGCCGUCCCGAAUGUGUUGGCAACUCUGAGUGCCCAGCGAAUCGCGCCUGCAUACGCAACAAGUGCGCCGAUCCCUGCCCCGGCACCUGUGGCCUGGAGGCUCUAUGCAAUGUUAACAAUCACAUUCCAAUCUGCUCAUGCCCGACAGGCUAUACGGGCAAUGCCUUUGUGCAAUGCACACGACAGGUAACACCACUGCCGCCCUCGGAUCCAUGCUAUCCAUCACCGUGUGGUCUCAACUCAGUGUGCCGCGUGCAACGAGAUCAAGCUGUUUGCGAAUGUCUGCCCGGCUUCUUCGGUAAUCCACUGGGCCAGGGCUGUCGACCCGAAUGCACGCUCAGCUCGGAUUGCGCCAAGGAUCGUGCUUGCGUAAAUAAUAAAUGUGUUGAUGCCUGUGCCGGAGUAUGCGGCUAUGGCGCCGUCUGUCAGACCAUCAAUCACAGCCCGAUCUGUUCGUGUCCCGAUAACAUGAUUGGAAAUCCAUUUGUGCAAUGCGAAGCGCCACGCAACGUUGAUGUUGAUCCAUGCCAGCCAUCGCCGUGCCGCAGCAAUGGCAUCUGCCGUGUUCACAACGGCGCCGCCACCUGCAGCUAUCCGGAGUGUGUGACUAACGAGGACUGCUCCAGGGAUCGCGCUUGCGUCAGUCAGAAAUGCCGUGAUCCAUGCCAGCAGGCUUGUGGCCUUAACGCCAUUUGUCGUGUCAUCAAUCACAAGGCCAUUUGCAGUUGCCCACCAGAGUUUUAUGGAUCACCGUAUGCUCAAUGCGUGCGUCAAGUACCUCAACUGGAUCCACCGAAGCCUGAGUGCACCAGUGACAACGAGUGCAGCAACGACAAGGCAUGCAUCAAUCAAGUCUGCCGCAAUCCCUGUGAGCAAUCCAAUCUGUGUGCGCAACAGGCACGCUGCCAUGUGCAGCUGCAUCGUCCGCUCUGCGUAUGCAACGAAGGCUACACUGGAAAUGCUUUGCAACACUGUUAUCUUCUGGGCUGUCGCUCCGAUGGUGAGUGUGCACCCAACGAGGCCUGUGUCAACGAACAGUGUGUGGAUCCCUGCACUUUCACUCAGUGUGGCGCCGGAGCUACCUGUCGCGCGGACUUCAAUCAUCGUGCCCGCUGCCACUGCCCUGACGGCUAUCGUGGCAAUCCUCUUCUGCGCUGCGAACGACCCGAAUGUCGCAACGAUAAUGAAUGCGCCUUCCACUUGGCCUGCCGCAACGAGCGCUGCGAAGAUCCCUGCAAUUGCGGCGUUGGUGCUCAGUGUCGUGUAGACAAUCAUCGUGCUCAAUGCCGUUGCCCAGCCGGCUACAGCGGUAAUCCAGCAAUAAGCUGUGAAUUGCUGCCUGUCAAGCCCGAAGGCUGCACCAUGGAUGCGGAGUGUCCCAGCAAAUUGGCCUGCUUCAAUGGCGAGUGCAAGAACCCAUGCGAUGUAACCCAUCCAUGUGGAGCGAAUGCCAUCUGUGAGGUCGUCGACACACUGCCCCUGCGCACAAUGAUCUGCCGAUGUGAGCCUGGCUACGUGGGUGAUGCUGACAUUGGAUGUCGCAAAGAACCCGUACGUGACCAAGGCUGCGUAUCACAUGAUCAGUGCCAGGAUACGGAGGCCUGUCGCGCUGGCAAUUGUGUCAAUCCUUGCCUGGAUGCAUCACCCUGCGCACGUACGGCUGAAUGCCUGGCGCAGCAGCACCGCGCCAUCUGUAGCUGCCCGAAGGGCACUCAAGGCGAUCCAUUCACCAAUUGCUAUCAGCCACCACAAAUCACAGCUGGCUGCGCACACGACUCGGAAUGUACACCCACAACAGCUUGCAUUAAUAAACGCUGCCAGGAUCCUUGUGCUGAGGCCAAUCCGUGUGCUGGCAAUGCCGAGUGCCGUGUGCAAAACUCACGACCCAUUUGCUACUGUCCCGCUGGUUGGGGUGGUGAUCCACAAGUGCAGUGCUUCAAGCCCGAGUGCAAGAUAAAUGCUGACUGCCCCUAUGACAAGGCUUGCCUCAAUGAGAACUGUGUCAACCCGUGCACACAUGGCCAGGUGCGUUGCGGCAGCGGUGCCGAAUGCUUACCACAGAAUCACCAGGCUGUCUGCCGCUGUCCCGAAGGCACUCAAGGUAGUCCCUUCAUCGCUUGCAUCACCGGACACUGUCAGUACAACGAGGAUUGUGCUGAUGAUGAGGCCUGCGAUCGCUUGAAUCGCCUUUGCCGUCCAGUUUGCGAGCAGGACACGUGUGCUGUGAAUGCUCUUUGUGUUGGACGUAGCCAUCAGCCACGAUGUGAAUGCCGCACAGGCUACCAGGGAAAUCCGUUCGUGUUGUGCGAGCAGCCCAAACAGGAACCACAACCGCAGUGCACUCAAGACGCUGACUGUCCAUCAAAAUUGGCUUGCAUCAAUCAGCUCUGUGCAAAUCCAUGUGCCACUCCGCAUGUGUGCAGUCCACAGCAAAGCUGUACCGUCUUGGAUACCCUACCGCUUCGCACCAUGAUCUGCAAGUGUCCCAGCGACACUGUCUCGGACAAUUCUGGCAACUGUGUGCCCAUCCAGCCGGUCAUCGUCUCUGGCGGCUGUCAGCAUAAUGCUGAGUGCGCCAGCUCUGAGGUGUGUCUGCAUGGCAGUUGCUUGGAUGCCUGCCACCUGGAGCGUUGCGGUGUCAAUGCUCAAUGCAAUGCACGCGAUCAUUAUGCGCAAUGCAGUUGUCCUGCUGGUUACCAGGGUAAUCCACGCAUCGAAUGCUAUACCACGGACAUUGCCAUGCCUAAGAUUCCGGGCCCCGAAUGCACACGUAAUGAUGAUUGUCCGCGGGACAAGAACUGCCAGAACGAACGCUGUGUGAAUCCCUGCGUGGCUGAUGCCUGUGGUCUGGGCGCCUACUGUCAUGUGCAGAAUCGCGCCGCUAUUUGCCGUUGUCCGCCUGGCUACACCGGAGAUGCUCGCACUCGCUGUCUGCCACCUUCGGAUGUCAUCACUGUGGGCUGCAAGUCGAACUCUGAUUGCCCCAUUGCCGAGGCGUGCAUCAACGCGCAAUGCAUUAAUCCCUGCAACUGUGGCCCCAAUGCCGAGUGCACGGUCAAGAAUCAUCAUCCGAUUUGCUACUGCAAGCCCGGCUUCUCUGGCAAUGCCCAAUUCGGCUGCGCGCCUAUUGGAUGCCAGUCGGACGAUGAGUGCGCCGGUGACAAACAGUGCAUGAAUCAUGAGUGUAUCAAUCCCUGCCUGGUCGCCGAUCCUUGUGCUCUGAAUGCUGAGUGUUAUGGCCGUAACCAUCGCGCUAGCUGCCGUUGUCCCGCUGGUCUUGAGGGAGAUCCAUUUGUGCGCUGUGUGCGUCUGGAAUGUCACUCGGAUCACGAUUGUGCCUCCAAUUUGGCCUGCGUUGCUAACCAGUGUGUGAGUCCUUGCGCUCAAAGUCCCUGCGCUCAGAAUGCUAUCUGCCAGGCGCUGCAGCAUCGUGCCGUCUGUCGCUGUCCUGAUCAAAUGCCAUUGGGCAAUCCCUAUGCCUACUGCGAGCGCCGACCCGUAGAGCCAGUGUGCCGCGACGAUGGCGACUGUCCCAGCGGCUUGGCCUGUAUCGAUGCCAAGUGCAAGAAUCCAUGUACCGAGCUUUCGCCUUGUGCACGCAGCGCUCACUGCAGUGUGCUGGACAGUGUGCCCGUGCGGACCAUGGUCUGUGAGUGUCCUGAAUCGCAAGUACCGGAUGCUAGCGGCGAAUGCCGUCAGCUGGUAUUACAGAGUCCACCAGGCUGUGAAAGUGAUGCGGAUUGUGGCGAACAGGAGGCCUGUGUCAAUCGCCAAUGCCGGAACCCUUGCAACUGCGGCACCAACGCCAUUUGCCAGGUGCAACAACAUCGCGCGGUGUGCAGCUGUCAAGAUGGCUUUGAGGGCAAUCCUUAUGCCGCCUGUCGCUCCAUUGGCUGUCGCGUCGAUGGCGAAUGCGACUCUGGCAAGGCCUGCAUCAAUGGCAACUGCAUCAAUCCCUGCCUGCUCAACGAUCCGUGCGGCGCCAAUGCCGAAUGCUACGUUCAGUCGAGUCGUGCCCAGUGUCGCUGUCUCAGCGGCUAUCGCGGAAAUCCCUACGAGCGCUGCCGUGUCAUUGGUUGCACCAGCAACAAUGACUGCCCUACGGACAAGACCUGCCAGAACGAACAAUGCGUAAAUCCAUGCGUCUACCACAAUGUGUGCGCGCCACGCGCCGAAUGUCGUCCACAGAAUCACAUGGCCGUUUGCCGUUGCCCUGCAGAUUACCUUGGCAAUCCCUAUGUGGACUGUCGCCCGGAGCCGCAGCCCGUGUGCAAACUGGAUACGGACUGUCCUGCUCGUUUAGCCUGCAUCAACGAACAAUGCGUCGACCCAUGCUUGGUAUUAGAGCCCUGUCAAAGACCUGCCCAGUGCCAGGUGACACCUACGGCACCUGUGCGCACCAUGAUCUGUAUAUGUCCGGAUGGCUACAUCAGCAGUGGCAGCGGUAGCUGCAAGCCCACUACCAGCGUAGUGAAAGUAGGCGGUUGCAUCUCGGACACUGAUUGUCCUGCCGACAAGUCUUGCGUGAAGGGCAUUUGCCGUGAUCCAUGCAAUUGUGGCUUGAAUGCCGAGUGUCGCAUCAAGGAUCACAAGCCAGUAUGUACCUGUCGUCAAGGCUAUGAAGGUAAUCCCGAAUUCGAGUGCUCCAAAAUUGAAUGCACCAUCAAUUCCGAGUGCCCAGCAACACACGCUUGCCGUAAUCAGCUCUGCGUGCCCGCCUGCCAAGGCGAGCUCUGUGGACCCAAUGCCGAAUGUCUGGCUAUAAACCAUCGAGCCGUUUGUGAGUGUGCCCCUGGACAUGGCGGAAACGCACGUCUGGGCUGCACACCGCUUGGCUGCCGCAACGACGAUGAGUGCCCAUCGGACAAGGCCUGUGUCAAUGGCAAGUGCGCCAAUCCAUGCGAGACUACAGCCAUUUGCGCUAACGAUGAGUUGUGCAAGGUCUAUCAACACAAGCCGCAAUGCGCCUGCGCGCCAGGCACUGUGCCCGGCCGAAAUGGCUGUGAACAGGUUCGAGUUACGCCCGUUUGUCUCAGCGAUAUGAACUGCCCAAGUCAACAUGCCUGCCUGCGAGGCGAAUGUGUAAAUCCUUGCAAUGCGACACAGCCGUGUGGCGUGAAUGCCAACUGCCGCGUCCUAGAUACCCUGCCUGUGCGCACCAUGAUCUGUGAAUGCCUUGAGGGCUACACAGGUAAUGCAGCUGUGCAGUGCGACAAGCGUUCGCUGUGUGUCAUCGAGAAGGGCUUUGUACGCGACGUCGAUGGUCAGUGCGUGUGCCCGCCUGGCAGUGCUCUGGACGUCUACGAGUACUGCACACCGUGUCUGGUGGAGCAAGGUUAUCGUAUCGACGAAAGCGGUCACUGUGUGUGCGCACUGGAGCGCGGCAUGGUAAUUGAUGAACGUGGUCGCUGCACAUGUCCCAUUGAGCUGGGCUAUCGUCUGACACCGCUUGGUGAAUGCCAGCCCGUAGAGCAGCCGGAAUGCGUCAGCAAUGAACAGUGCGCGGACAAUCGCUUCUGCAAUCCCGAAACAAAGACCUGCGAAGAUCCCUGUCUGACCAAAACAUGUGGUGUGAAUGCCUUCUGCAAUGCUGUGAAUCAUCGUGCCCAGUGCCAAUGCAUCACUGGCUAUACAGGAAAUCCCGAACUGCACUGCAAUCACACCAAUUUCCGUACUGACUUCCCACGCCCCGACAUGGUGGUCAGUUGCCUGGCUGAUGGAGUGCAAGUCGAGAUCCAUAUAACCGAACCCGGCUUCAAUGGCGUCCUGUAUGUCAAGGGACACAGCAAGGAUGAGGAGUGCCGACGUGUUGUCAAUUUGGCUGGUGAAACGGUGCCACGCACCGAAAUCUUCCGAGUUCACUUUGGCAGCUGCGGCAUGCAAGCCGUUAAGGAUGUGGCCAGCUUUGUCUUGGUCAUACAGAAGCAUCCCAAGCUGGUUACCUACAAGGCGCAAGCCUACAACAUCAAGUGCGUCUACCAGACCGGCGAGAAGAAUGUGACCUUAGGCUUCAACGUAUCCAUGCUGACAACAGCUGGCACAAUUGCCAAUACGGGACCGCCGCCAAUCUGUCAAAUGCGUAUCAUUACUAAUGAAGGCGAGGAAAUCAAUUCCGCGGAGAUUGGCGAUAAUCUACGUCUACAAGUGGACGUUGAGCCAGCCACUAUUUAUGGCGGCUUCGCGCGCUCUUGCAUAGCCAAGACCAUGGAGGAUAAUGUGCAAAACGAAUACCUUGUAACCGAUGAGAAUGGCUGCGCCACUGAUACAAGCAUCUUUGGCAACUGGGAGUACAAUCCGGAUACCAACAGCCUGCUCGCCAGCUUCAAUGCCUUCAAAUUCCCCUCCAGUGACAAUAUACGCUUCCAGUGCAACAUACGCGUAUGCUUCGGCAAAUGUCAGCCGGUCAACUGUGGCGGCUACAAUGCCUUUGGACGCAGGCGUCGAUCCAUUGCGGACAACUCCAGCGACACAACGGCAAUCGCCACAAGCACUGGCGUGGAGGGUCAGCUGCGUGAGGAGAUAACUAUCUCAUCCAAUGCCAUAUUGACAUUCGAGAAACGCAGCGGUCCAGGCCUGAAUGAUGCCAACAUCAAACCUGCGGCUCAGCGUGUGGAGGAUAUUUGCGUGUCAAUGGUGGGAUUGAUCAUAGCUCUGGUUAUCACGGCUCUGCUGGCGCUUGUCGCCGUCGCCGUGGCUGUCUCCUGCUGGCUGAUGGCCUACAGGAGAAGACCUAAGACCUUGGCACCAUUGCCACAUCCACCAGAGUUCCCCAAUCCGCUGUUCGCCAACCCGGACGCCGCGCCCGAACCAACACCGGACUAUAUCUCCUAAACCGUAAUGUAACGAAACACAGACAAAACAACAAGAAAAACCCUAGCUAUAAUUUUAGAUUGUAAAAAACGGAAAUGAAAAGAAAGAAUUAUAUAUAUAUAUAUAUAUAUUUGAGAAGCACGUGCAAAAAGCUAGAAACGAAAUUAAAUUUCGCGCAACAAAUGCAAUGAAAUGAAAGAAAGAAAAAGCAAAAGUACAGUUGUGAGCAGAAAAUAUAGUCGUCGGCGUUUAUGAAACACUGACGAAAAUAUGAAAACGAAAUAUUAACAAAUUGUAAAAAGCAAAACGACAUAAGAGAAAUGCCACAAAGCGCAUUGCAAAAAUUUAUUUAAUAACUUAAGAAAAUAAUUUUAUUAUUUUGUAUUAACAUUUUAGUAUUUCCUCCUUACUAAUAUGAGAAUUUUGCGUAGUUGCCAAGCAAUAGAAAUUUUUUAAAGGUCACCAUAGAGUUUUCAAUUAACAAAACUGCCAAAAGUGAAACAGCAACAGAACAAUGCAGAGAGAAUAUUUAGAUUUUAAAGUGCAGCUACAAACGAAUUCUCGUCCUCUAACGACAACUUCUUCAUUAGUCGAGUAUAAUUACAUAUUGAUAUUUUGUUAUAUACAUACAUAUAUAUAUAUAUAACUAAAGAUUUCCUAUAAAUGUUUAGGGUGUGGGUAGUAGCAACAACACUUUGUAAUAUAGCACACACAGACACACACACACUACUACUUCCUGUGUUAUUUAGGACUUCAGCUCGCCUUUAAAAUUGAAAACUGCCUUACCUUUCCAACACACACACGAAACGAACAAUGCACCCAUAAAAAUACUCUUUAGCAGUACGUAAAAUUGAAAUGGAGCAGCGCAUAGCCACAGCAAACGCGAAUAUAAACACAGGACAAUAUCUCAACGAUUGUCUUACAUGGUUUAUAUAAAAAAUCAAAAGUCUCACACACACACGCAGACCACAAUCAAACUUAAGCAAAGUAGGCAAAAAGCUGCUCCAAAAAAAAUUACAUUACAUAAAUGUAAAAGUUUAAAAUGCAAAAAAAAAACUGCCACUGAGGCGUUCACAGCGCACAAAAGAUUAAUGAAUAGGAAAAAAAAUAUAUAAGGUUUGUUUUAAUUUUAAAUGCAAAACAACGACUAAUGGAGGAUUUGAACUACGACUAUGACUAUAACUCUACUUACAUCAUACUACUACUACUACUACUAUGAUUAACCAAUUAUUUUUGUAGUUUUUUAGUCAAUUAAUAUUAAAUUGUUGUGAUUGUUUUAAAAUGCAAAAGAAAUACUUCCACUAACUAACUAAUAGUACAGCAAGUACUUAAAAAAAGGCAACGAAUCGGCGCGUUUUCUUCCCCCGCAGCCAGCCAGGCGCAGUGCGCCGCUGUUAACGCGCCCGAAGCUAUGCAGCGAAAUUUUUGCUUCUCGCGCCUGUUCACAGUGCGUAACUGUUGCUUGGGGUCAUGCGGGAGCACGCCGCUAUAUUUUAAUUAUUCAAAAUGAAGUUUUUAAUUAAUAUUAUUAAACAUAAACAAAAUGUAUAGUCACUACUUUAAGCCGUACACUUUUUUCAUAGUGGAAAUACCAUGAGAACUCGCACACUCUUACACCAACACACACUCACACACGAACACAGACAGACAGAAAGAGACCAAUUGUAAAUAAUACAACACAGGCAAACGAAAAAAUUCGAUGAUAUUUUUAGUAGCGCAUAUUUUGUGUAUAGGUUUCUAGACUUUCUCAGCAAUAGUAAUAUGCCAGGAAUGAAAUAAAAUUAUUUUCUGAUUUCCAGUAAAGCAAGCAAUAUUUAAAGCUCUGACAACAUUUUGCUCACAAUUAACACAAAAACUUUUAUUUUUUCUUUACAAAACAAAAACCGCUUAACAAACCUUCCGCAAAAUCAACUAGAAUUAAGUUGAAGCAACUUUUUGCACUG